CAGAGGAAGCUGCAGGUGCUGUGAGACUGAGCUCUGCCCUGGAUCCAUCACAGUAUUACGGUAAUGGCGGCCGGUGACAUCACAGCCAGGCGGGUGACGUCAUAUGGCAGCCACCUCCUGCUCUGCUGGUGUGUGUCCCUUUAAAUGUUAUAUCUGCAACUCUCAGCACCCUCAGCCAGCCUCAGGAUCCAGCCAUAGGGAGCUGGGAGCCAGAUAGUGAGAGAGUCUAACUUAUUAUAACAAUAUAAUGUAAUAACACAGUGUAUAAUAAUAUAAUAAUAACACAGUGUAUAAUAAUAAUAUAAUAACACAGUGUAUAAUAAUAAUAUAAUAACACAGUGUAUAAUAAUAAUAUAAUGUAAGAAAACAGUGUAUAAUAAUAUAAUAACACAGUGUAUAAUAAUAAUAUAAUAACACAGUGUAUAAUAAUAAUAUAAUAACACAGUGUAUAAUAAUAAUAUAAUGUAAGAAAACAGUGUAUAAUAAUAUAAUAACACAGUGUAUAAUAAUAUAAUGUAAUAACACAGUGUAUAAUAAUACAAUGUAAUAACACAGUGUAUAAUAAUAUAAUGUAAUAACACAGUGUAUAAUAAUACAAUGUAAUAACACAGUGUAUAAUAAUAUUAUAAUAACGCAGUGUAUAAUAAUAUAAUGUAAUAACAGUGUAUAAUAAUAUAAUAACACAGUGUAUAAUAAUAAUAUAAUGUAAUAACACAGUGUAUAAUAAUAUAAUAACACAGUGGAUAAUAUAAUAACAGUGUAUAAUGUAAUAACAGUGUAUAAUAAUAAUAAUAUAAUAACACAGUGUAUAAUAACACAGUGUAUAAUAAUAAAAUAUAAUAACACAGUGUAUAAUAAUAUAUAAUGUAAUAACACAGUGUAUAAUAAUAAUAUGUAAUGUAAUAUAUAAUAACACAAUGUAUAAUAUGAUGUAAUAAUAUAUAACACAAUGUAUAAUGAUAUAAUCUAAUUUGUGUUCGGUGCAUUCUCAUAUGAUAUAGAAUAAGAUGGGUUGUAGAGAUGUAGCUUUAGGAUUAGUCGGUUGAGGUGUGCCGAAACCGACGUAUGCUGUAGGCCGGUAAAAAGUGGGCAAAAAGAGACAUAUUAAUGCAAAACAUUAUACAGGAUCAUAGUGCAUUUGUUAACCAUCAGUUAGACAUUUUAAUGAAAGCGUCCUAAUUCCUGAAUCGGCUGUGGUAUGUAAGUCGCAUAAGCCUAUGAUUCCCAGCGGCCCCGUGUCUUAACGUGUGCGGGGAUGUCUUGGCUAUAGGCUGUGUAAGCUGCUCCUAUCCUAAAGGAGUGCCCUGAGUAGUCGCUAGGGUUUAGUUCGAGCACGAUGAAUGAGUAGGUGGACAUAGUGCAUGAACUUACCUGUGGUAAGGACAGUAUCGUACAGCGACAGUAAUGGUUCAGUGGCGCGUAUGGUGGCGUGCCCAAGAACGUAAUCAGUACCUUAACCGGGCACCCAGCAUUGCUUGUAAGGUAGUAGGUUAUAUGCACUGGCUCGCCCCUCUGACUCAUCUUAGUUUUAGGAAGGGACCGGACAUAGUGGUCUGUGUGUUUUAGAACAUAAGAGGUCAACAGGCACUCUUGUUUAUGAUGUUGGCCGCUGAUAGUGAGUUAUUGUUUUGGCCUGAGAAAGCCGUUAAAGGCUAGAUAGGUAGCAGUUUUGAUAAUUGCAUUGGUGCAUGGUCGAGUGGUUCUGUCAUGGUUUGAACAUUGUAUGUCUAUGGCCAGUAUUUAGUUUUAGCGGGAACGUCCGCUUGGCCAUGUCUCUAAGUAAGGUAUGUAUGGGGUAGGAGGAUAGUAAGCCUUGUUGUUGUUUGGGAUGGAGAAAUACGUAUAGUGUCUGUAAGCUCGUUUGAGCAGGGUCCUCUUCAACCUAUUGUUCCUGUAAGUUUUCUUGUAAUUGUCCUAUUUAUUGUUACACCCCCCCUCUCAAAAUAUUGUAAAGUGCUACGGAAUCUGUUGGCGCUAUAUAAAUGGCAAUAAUAAUAAUAAUAAUAAUAAUAAUAAUGCCCGUGAGAUAAAGUUUAACCGUGUUGUGCGAGAAUUAUUAACUUAAGGUGGCAAAAAGAGGCGAAGGCCAUAUGUGGUGAAACCUCAAACCAGCUAUCUAAGUGAUGGUCCGACAUGAAACAUAUUGUAUAAGUGGAAAACCCUGUAGCAAGCGUGUUGAGUGCUGGUGGACAAGGCCAGUUUAGUCAGAGCCCGGCUGUGUUGGCGAGGUUCAUGUAAUCCAUGACCUUGACCAUAAAUGACCCCCUGCCAUGGCGGCUGUCAUGGCAGCUGCCACAAUAAUUUACCAUCUCGGGAGUGUAUGACUGUGGGGCAUCUGGAUAUGUUUAACCACAACCAGUAGAGAGUUCAACGAAUAUAUUGAAGAUUGUGGGCUGCUCUUGACCCGAAAGUUAAGCGGGAGAAGAAAUAUAUAACUGCUACCCAUAAAUGCCAGUGCAGGGUGGAUGGUGGCAGUCUGAAACGCGUUUGAUAUUAGUUUUACUUAACCAGGCUUCCCCUCCCUGCUUGAGUGAUAGUUGUCAUGGUAUGAACAAUGGUGGCAUACUGUAAUGAAAACUCCUCGGAGGGUAUGAGGGAGUUGAGAUUAUGGGGUAGCCAAGGCGUGAGGUGCAGAUAAGUCUAUGAUCAGUUACAGUGUGAGGGAAGAUUCCCUGUGACAAUCCCAAUGGGAUUGCGCCACACUGUAAAUGGUGUAGAUCGGAGAGGCCCAGGUAGAAAUCUUUCUGCCAUUUCUUGGGCCAUGAGUGUAAUGCCAACUGUUGGAUGCUGCUGUGAUGACUGCAAGUUAGGGCAUUCUAGAUUCCCCCAAAAGUAUAUGGCAAUACCUGAAAAGAAGACCUUUAAAAUCGGAGAUUAGGAAAUAAACUAAAUGUCUGGAAGGGUGAUAAGUUAGAAAGUACUGGAAACGCAUAAUGUUUACAGACGAGAAGUAAGGUUCAGGGUACAUUUAUUGGGAUACAUGGUUGUUGCAUGUGCCCUGACAUAUUGGGAACAUAUCUGCAACAGUCUGCAUGCACUGAAACUACAUGUGCCAACAUGGAAAUUGUUGCAAAUCUGGGAUUUGCCAAAGAGAAUGAGACGACCCAAUUUGUCUCUGGUAGUUCGCUACGUCCUACCAGAGGUGCUGGAGCCUGAAACGUGAUCGUCCACUGUGUUGGGACAAAAUUGUCCUGUGGGACUAGCAACAUCUUCAAGUGAAAGUGUGUUGACUCUAGCUGGAGUGUUAGGUAGAGAGAAAUCCUUACCACCUGCUUGAUACAUACUAAAAAGCAUGAAGAUAGCCAUUACUAUAUAAACCCACAGUGUGCUAGUACUGGCUUGCUAGCUAAAGCCACAUGGCGAAACAAUUAAACCUUUGUUUGGUGACAGGUGAGGCCCUGCUAGUUGCCAAGUGGCUUGAGAGGCUCUAUCUAUGCAGUGGCGCGAGGGGAUUUUUGUGGCCACCAAACGUAGUGGCAGGAUGUUGGCCUCUCGGUGACUGUAACCAUAAAAAAAGGGGAAGGGAGUGACAGGUGAGGCCCUCUCUAUAUACCAUGCGAGGCGGCUAGCUCACGAAUGGCCCGAUGGGUGUUUGCCUCCGAGCGUUGAGGCGGGAUGUUGGCCUCGCGGGACCACUAUACGACAGGCGUAGAUGCCAAGAAAGGAAAAUAUCUAUUGGAAACCUAUAGUCCCUAAUUGCCAGUACGCUAAGGAUAUGCCCAGGGGGGAAACAGAAAAUGUAUGUAUAAACCACAUGAGCAGGUGUAUGUACCUGGUAGUAUGAUUAGAUACCCUUACUGGUCGUAAAGGUUAUUAAUACCUGUAUCCCAGACGGGUAAAACAAUGUAUGAAAAUCGAAUAUAGACAUUUAAAAGCGUAUAUCCAUAUGUGUGUUAUGCAAGUUUAAUAGAGCAAAGUGCUCCGUCCCAAUGUUUAUUGUAAUGCCCCUGUUUGAAGGAAAUUAACUUGUCGGGAGUGUUAUAUCAUGUGUGAUAUGGAAUACAACUGUAUCCCGAAACAUGAGUGCCGGGAACCAUGACUGGCAGCUGAAUAACCUAAUAAGUGAAAAUACAUAAUUGGAAGGACUUAUAUUUUAAGCGUGCAAAUAUUCCGCAUUAGACUCUGGAAAACUGCAUAGUGCUUUAAAUAGUAUGUGCAUUCUUGGGUAAAUGUAUGCGUAUUGUCAGUAAAUGUAACUAAAUGCCUAUGAAGGCAGGUAUGCAGUAAUCAUUAUAUCAUAGUAAGCAUGAUUUGUAAGGAAGUGUUAUUGUGUAAUUAUAAUUAUAGUGGGAAUGUUAUGAGGGGAAUAACCAUAUGUCUGAAAAGCCUGUAGUAUACUGUUUAACAGAUAGGAGUCAGUAUAAAAGUGAAAAUGCUGUAGUUAGUUUGUUUGCUUAUGAAGUGAAAUAAAGUCUGAGAAGCCUGUAGUACACCGAAUGACCGGUAGGGGUCAGUGUGUAGGCGCAAAUGCAGUGGUUCGUUGGUUUGUACAUGAAAUGCAAUAAUAUCUGAGAAGCCUGUAGUACACCGAAUGACUGGUAGGGGUCAGUGUCUAGAUGAAAAUGCAGUGGUUCGUUGGUUUGUACAUGAAAUGCAAAAACGUCUAAGAAACCUGUAGUACACCGAAUGACCGAUAGGGGUCAGUGUGUAGGCACAAAUGCAGUGGUUCGUACAUGAAUUGCAAUAAUGUCUGAGAUGCCUGUAGUACACUGAAUGACCGGUAGGGGUCAGUGUCUAGAUGAAAAUGCAGUGGUUUGUACAUGAAAUGCAAUAAUAUCUGAGAAGCCUGUAGUACAUCGAAUGACCGAUAGGGGUAAGUGUGUAGGCGAAAAAUUGUAUGUCGUUUGUAGUUUUAACCCAACAUAUUUUACAUAAACAGCUAGAUGAGUAUAAGGUAACGAAAUAACCAUGCAAAACGAAAGGAAACCGUAAAGUGAGGACCCGUGCUGUGUUGAACGCCGUGGGAACUAAUCCUGGCGCAACAGGUGGGUCAACUUAUGGUUUGAGAGUCCCUGAGACACCAAAUGCGAUGCUGACCGGAGAGAAAGCCACUGGAUUAACAGAAAGCCCUGCUGCAGGAUUCCUGGACACAGCUUGGAGUAGGAGACCUCAUGGAGCAAAGGUGAAACCAAAAUGGUGUCUUGUAUGACCUGGAAGUGGAUCUCAUGCAAAUGCUGACCUUGAACAGUCUAUUCAUCUGACUAACAAAGGUAAGUAGGGAAAGGGGGGAGUCCCUUUUAUAGGUCUAUAGCCGCUCCCACAACUUCAGGCCAUGCCUUCCAGUAUAUAACACAAUGUAUAAUAAUAUAAUACAAUGUAUAAUAUGAUGUAAUAAUACACUGUAAUAAUAUAUAAUAACACAAUGUAUAAUAAUCUAAUAACACAAACUGGAAUAUACUGUAAUGAUAUAACACAGACUGUAAUAUACUGUAAUAAUAUAACACAGGCUGUAAUAUAAUGUAAUAAUAUAAUACAGACUGGUAUAUACUGUAACAAUAUAACGCGGACUGGAAUAUACUGUAAUAAUAUAACACAGACUGUACUAUAAUGUAAUAAUAUAACACAGGCUGUCAUAUAAUGUAAUAAUGUAACACAGGCUGUAAUAUAAUGUAAUAAUAUAACACAGACUGGUGUAUACUGUAAUAAUAUAACACAGGCUGUAAUAUAAUUUAAUAAUAUAACAGACUGGUAUAUACUGUAAUAAUAUAACACAGACUGUAAUGUAAUGUAAUAAUAUAACACAGACUGGAAUAUACUGUAAUAUAACACAGACUGGUAUAUACUGUAAUAAUAUAACACAGACUGUAAUAUAAUGUAAUAAUAUAACACAGGCUGUCAUAUAAUGUAAUAAUGUAACACAGGCUGUAAUAUAAUGUAAUAAUAUAACACAGACUGGUGUAUACUGUAAUAAUAUAACACAGGCUGUAAUAUAAUUUAAUAAUAUAACAGACUGGUAUAUACUGUAAUAAUAUAACACAGACUGUAAUGUAAUGUAAUAAUAUAACACAGACUGGAAUAUACUGUAAUAUAACACAGACUGGUAUAUACUGUAAUAAUAUAACACAGACUGUAAUAUAAUGUAAUAAUAUAACACAGGCUGUCAUAUAAUGUAAUAAUGUAACACAGGCUGUAAUAUAAUGUAAUAAUAUAACACAGACUGGUGUAUACUGUAAUAAUAUAACACAGGCUGUAAUAUAAUGUAAUAAUAUAACACAGACUGGUGUAUACUGUAAUAAUAUAACACAGGCUGUAAUAUAAUUUAAUACUAUAACAUAGACUGGUAUAUACUGUAAUAAUAUAACACAGACUGUAAUAUAAUGUAAUAAUAUAACACAGACUGGAAUAUACUGUAAUAAUAUAACACAGACUGUAAUGUAAUAAUAUAACACAGACUGUAAUAUGUAAUAAUAUAACACAGACUGUAAUAUGUAAUAAUAUAACACAGACUGGAAUAUACUGUAAUAAUAUAACACAGGCUGUAAUAUAAUGUAAUAUAACAGACUGUAAUAUACUGUAACAAUAUAAUGCGGACUGUAAUAUACUGUAAUGAUAUAACACAGACUGUAAUAUACUAUAAUGAUAUAACACAGGCUGUAAUAUAAUGUAAUAAUAUAACACAGACUGGUAUAUACUGUAAUAAUAUAACACAGACUGUAAUAUAAUGUAAUAAUAUAACACAGGCUGGAAUAUACUGUAAUAAUAUAACACAAACUGGUAUAUAAUGUAAUAAUAUAACACAGGGUGUCAUAUAAUGUAAUAAUAUAACAUAGACUGACCGCAGUCCUCCCUUUCAAAUACCUGGGUAUGUUGUUAGACCCCAAUCUAUCUUUUGGCCUCCACAUUGAAAAACUCAUCAAAACUUUACCCAAAACUAGGUGUCCUGUACAGAAACAAAUCCUGCCUAAACCCUCCAUCGAGCAUGUCAAACUCAAAGUCUAGCACGGCCACAUAAACAAGGUUUAAGUUUAUGUGGGCCACAAAAAAAACCUUAAAUUUUCAUAGAAACAGGUUUAUUUUGAAAAGUACAGUAUAAACAAAAGAAACAGCAUCCCCCUCUACUAAACCACAGCACCCCCCUCUUCUAAAUCCCUGUCCUCCCCCUCUACUAAAUCCCAGCACCCCCCUCUAGCCAACAAGCAGGCUCCACUCACAUUGCCGCUUCCAGUAUGCGACCCCGGAGUCCGGCCUCUGGUAUACCCCAAAUGGCGACGUUCGCACCCUGUGCCAAAUCUGAUCCUCCAGCUACUUCUUGAAACCCUGUUGUGACGAAGUCCCCUUAGCCACUUGUGCCUGGCUAGCCUCCUGCAUUCCGACUGUGGCCCAUGUGCUGAUAGCUGUAUUUUCCCUUGCAGAAAGGUUUAUUUGUGUAUUUGACUUUCAGUAUGGUAGUAGUGCUACCCCAGAUAGCAAUGCCAUGGAGCCUAUCCGUGUAACAAAAGACUAUGGAAAAGACUUUGGCUCCAUGGCGAUUGAACUGUAUGUAUGUGAUCUGAGCGCCAUUCGGUAAUAAUGUGCACUCAGAUCUAAGCUAUCUGGGGAUAUGUUACAUGUAUAUGUUUUAUGUAGUAAUUGUAACAUUGUGUAAUUUUAUGUCUUUUUGCAACCAUGUGAUUAAUGGAGUCUUGCCUCUGUCCUGGGAGAUAAUUUGAUUACUUCUCAAUUAUCUCCAGGAUCGAGAGGAGGGAUUGUGAUGUCACUGUGGGAGUAUUUUGUUUGUAUUGUCUGUGAUUGGCUAAUAUCCAAUAUGUAUCCCAUUGUUCCAUCAGGUCCCCUAGGGGAGUGUCCACCUGGUGGACACUUGCAUAAAUACCAGGCAGCUAGCCCUCAAUAAACCAGACCUACUUGCACCUUUCUUGAAGCCUUGGUUCAUGCUUGGGGGAAGGGAUAACUACACUGUGGGGAUUGCUAAAAUCACAUACUCCCCAGAGUCAGCUGUUGCAAGAGCUUGUUUUGUUCCUGCUCUCUGGAUUUAGGAGAGGUUCACCCACUGGAAGCUGGAUCCUGGUCUUGGGUCCAGGGUGGGUGAGAGACAGCGAGAUAUCGGCUCAGCUGCAUCGCUGGAAGUGGGGUUUGCAGUGCUGAUGGUAUUGGUUGCAGUGCUCGGAGUCCUCGGCAAGCGCUAGGAGCAUCAAUUGGCAGAGGUACUCGGUCGGAGUGCCAGCGUUCCGUCACACCUGUGAAGGUGGAGCACGUCGGAAUGUUACGUGCGUUGCGUGCCUCCAUGCACCUCCAGGUACUCCACUGUCCAGUCGAAGCCAAUGCAGCAUUGACCGACACACACACACACUCACUGAGAGACACACAGUCAUUCACUGACAGACACACACACAUUUACACCUUCUUGCACACACAUCAUUUUCUUCAUUGCUCCCUACCUUUGGAAGCCGAUGUUGUGCUUCUCCCUGGGGUCCAGUUAUGAUCUUCUGUGACAGACCGCUGCCACUCCGACUGAGUACCUCCGCCAAUCGAUGCUCCUAGCGCUUGUCGAGGACUCAGAGCACUCCAACCGACACCCUCAGCACUGCGGACCCCACUUCCAGCGAUGCAGCUGCGCCAGGGUCUCGCCGUCUCUCACCCACCCUGGAUCCACGACCAGGAUCCAGCUCCCAGUGGGUGAACCUCUCCUAAAUCCAGAGAGCGUAGCAGGAACAAAUCAAGCUUACAAGAGCUUACUCUGGGGAGUAAGUGAUUAUAGCAAUCCCCAGAGUGUAGGUAUCCCUUCCCCCCAAGCAUGAGCCAAGGCUUUACGAAAGGUGCAAGUAGGUCUGGUUUAUUUAGGGCUACCUGCCUGGUAUUUAUGCAAGUGUCCACAAGGUGGACACUUCCCUAGGGGACCUGAUGGAACAAUGGGACACAUAUUGGAUAUUAGCCGAUCACAGACAAUACAAACAAAACACUCCCACAGUGACAUUACAAUACCUCCUCUCUAUCCUGGAGAUAAUUGGGAAGUAAUCAAAUUAUCUCCCAGGACAGAGGCAAGACUCCAUUAACCACAUGGUUACAAAAAGACAUAAAAUUACACAAUGUUACAAUUACUACAUAAAACAUAUACAUGCAACAUAUCCCCAGAUAGCUUAGAUCUGAGUGCACAUUAUUACCGAAUGGCGCUCAGAUCACAUACAUACAGUUCAAUCGCCAUGGAGCCAAAGUCUUUUCCAUAGUCUUUCGUUACAUGAAUAGGCUCCAUGACAUAGCUCUCUGGGGUAGCACUACUCACAUACUGAAAGUCCCUAACGCCCCAGCAGAAAUACACAAAUAAACCUUUCUGCAGGUUAAAAUACAGCUAUCAGCACAGGGGCCAUAGUCGGAAGGCAGGAGGCUAGCCAGUAGUCCCCUCCAGGCACAAGUGGCGAAGGGCGCUUCGUCACAUCUUCUAUCUGCUCCUCACUGGCGAGCAGUUUAGUGAUGCCGGAAUAUGACAUCAUAUUCCAGGGCCCGGCUUCACUACAGAUGGCGCGCGAGAGGGAGCAGUGAGGAGCAGGAACACUAAGCUCACUCGCUGGCCCUCCUCCCCGGCCGGGUAAAUUUCUAGCAGAGUAGGCACCUGCAAUGUGGGGAAAGCCAGUGCUUAGUCUGCUUUAACACCAAUCAUGUACUCGCGGCUUGCUGGGCCGCAAAGAUGUCCAUUGUGGGCGGCAUAUGGGCCGUGGGCCGCAAGUUUGACAUGCUUGCCCUUCAGUAAAGGAAAAGAUUGUACAGCAAAUGCUGAUGCCAGUCAUUGAUUAUGGGGAUGUAGUAUAUGCACCUGCACCGCAAACCCACCUUAAUAAACUCAAUACAUUGUAUAACUCGUUCUGCCGCUUUGUGCUACAAUGUAAUUACAUGACCCACCAGUGUGACAUGCUAUAAGAACCAAAGUAGCUGUCGCUGGAAUCCAGAUGACGAAGGUGCAUCUAAUACUGCACCGAAACACGCGUUGGGCGUUUUUCCUCCUGGUCUAUGGGCACGGCACUCGUUUUAGCACGUUUGUUUUAAGAUGUUAUCACUGUUUAUCUCUACUUAUCUGCUCCUAUGUCUAUUUAGCUAGUUUAACAAGGAGAGAGGCUUCUUAAUUCAUUAAUUCUGCUGGUCCUUUUUUUUUUUUGCUGGCAUUAGAUUUUUCAUUUUCUUCCGCUUUCCCUCCUGUGAACGUUGGUAUCCACUGAGAUCCAAAUGUAUACCCUUUGAGCUGGCUCUUUAUGUGGCAAUGUUAGCAUAGAGCUGGCUCGGUAUGCGGCAAUUAUAUGGUAAAGCUGGCUUGGUAUGCGGCAACAAUAGCGUAGAGCGGCUCAGUAUGUGGCAACAAUAGCAUAGAGCUGGCUCGGCAUGCGGAAUAAUAGAGUAGAGCCGGCUCGGUAUAAAGCAAUAAUAGCGCAGAGCUGGUUUGGUAUCCGACAAUAAUUGCGUGGAGCUGGCCCGGUAUGCGACAAUAAUAGCGUAGAGCCAGCCUGGUAUAAUGCAAUAAUAGCGUAGAGCCAGCCUGGUAUAAUGCAAUAAUAGCGUAGAGCCAGCCUGGUAUAAUGCAAUAAUAGCGUAGAGCCGGCCUGGUAUAAUGCAAUAAUAGCGUAGAGCCGGCCUGGUAUAAUGCAAUAAUAGCGUAGAGCCGGCCUGGUAUAAUGCGUAAUACAGCGUACGCUCUGGUAUAAUGCGUAAUACAGUGUGAGCUGCUCGGUUGGCGCGGCUGGGCUAAUCGUAGAGUUGGCUCGUGGCAAAGUAAUAAUAGCGAGCUGGGCUUGGUAAUGCAAAUGGGUUGUAGCGCAGGAAAGGGCUCGGAGUAUGCGGCUAAUUUCGCGUGAGCUGCUCGCAGGGUAAUAGCGAGAGCGUUUGCAUAAUAGCGAGCUGGCUCGGGAGCAUGCUUAAGGCUACUCUGUGAGAGUUGGUCGUAUAAAGUACAUAGCGUAGAGCGGCUGGUAUAAUGCAAUACAUGUGAGAGCAAUGGCGCGGCUACUCGCAUGACAAUAAUUCAUAGAUUGGGUCGGUAUAAAGCAAUAAUAACGUAGAGUUGGCUCGGUAUAAAGCAAUAAUAGCAUAGAGUUGGCUCGUUAUAAAACAAUAAUAGCAUAGAGCUGGCUCGAUAUGCGACAAUAAUAACUUAGAGCUGGCUCGGUAUGAAGUAGUUUUAGUUUUUAUGCAUUGUUUAGUUGGGGUGUCCAUGAUAUUUCAAUCCUGCGUGCUGAUAUGGAUAGUUUUGUUGUCUGGUUUGUACAUUCUCUUAUUGGUAUUUUAUUAUUAUAUAUCUUCAUCAGAACGGUGCUGGUAAUCUCCUAUGCUCAUGUUUGGGAUUUUAAAAUAGACACCAUUACCUACGAAUGCUGUAUACCCAUUGCAUUAUACCUUCUAAGUGGCCUUUUACUGCAGAGAGGGAUGUUUGAAGAACUGCACCGCUCCCAAAAGUCCAGACAGAUCCAAAAGGACCAGAAUCCAGUUUCUUAAAUAUCUAGAAGUCUAGAAAUUUGAAAUAAUGCAGGAGAAGAUGGAGAUGAUAAAGAAGAUAUGGAAUCAUAUCUCAGAGAUGGGCAACCAGCUGAAUGAGACGGUAAGGGAGAACGUUAAAUAUCCUGACAUAAGGGUUAUUUCAAGCACCAUGGCCACUUCAGUGAUUUGAAAUGGUAAUGGUGCCUGGGGUCUGUAUGUACGGCGCUAUAAACUCUAAAAAUACUGACUGACUGGAAUGCCAUAGGGGGAUCAUCUUACCCUCAUCCCACCCUCCGUCCAUGUCUUACCCUCAGCCCACCCUCCCUGGUGCCAUAGGGGGAUCAUUAACCCGUCCAUGUCUUACCCUCAGCUCACCCUCCCUGAUGCCAUAGGGGGAUCUUUAGCCUGUCCGUGUCUUACCCUCAGCCUACCCUCCCUGAUGCCAUAUGGGGAUCAUAACCCGUCCAUGUCUUACCCUCAGCCCACCCUCCCUGAUGCCAUAGUGGGAUCAUUAGCCCGUCCACAUCUUCCCCUUUAGCCCACCCUCCCUGAUGCCAUAGGGGGAUCAUUAGCCUGUCCGUGUCUUCCCCUUUAGUCCACCCUCCCUAAUGCCAUAGGGGGAUCAUUAGCCCGCUCAUGUCUUCCCCUUUAGCCCACCCUCCAUGAUGCUAGGGGGAUCAUUAGCCCGUCCGUGUCUUCCCCUUUAGCCCACCCUCCCUGAUGCCAUAGGUGGAUCAUUAGCCCGCUCAUGUCUUCCCCUUUAGCCCACCCUCCCUGAUGCCAUAGGGGGAUCAUUAGCCCGUCCAUGUCUUCCCCUUUAGCCCACUCUCCCUGAUGCCAUAGGGAGAUCAUAACCCGUCCAUGUCUUACCCUCAGCCCACCCUCCCUGAUGCCAUAGGGGGAUCAUUAGCCCACUCAUGUCUUCCCCUUUAGCCCACCCUCCCUGAUGCCAUAGGGGGAUCAUUAGCCCGUCCAUGUCUUCCCCUUUAUCCCACCCUCGCUGAUGUCAUGGGGGAUCAUUAGCCGGUCCAUGUCUUCCCCUUUAGCCCACCCUCCCUGAUGUCAUGGGGGAUCAUUAGCCCGUCCACGUCUUCCCCUUUAUCCCACCCUCGCUGAUGUCAUGGGGGAUCAUUAGCCGGUCCAUGUCUUCCCCUUUAGCUCACCCUCCCUGAUGCCAUAGGGGGAUCAUUAGCCCGUCCACGUCUUCCCCUUUAUCCCACCCUCGCUGAUGUCAUGGGGGAUCAUUAGCCGGUCCAUGUCUUCCCCUUUAGCCCACCCUCCCUGAUGUCAUGGGGGAUCAUUAGCCCGUCCAUGUCUUCCCCUUUAGCCCACCCUCCCUGAUGCCAUAGGGGGAUCAUAACUCGUCCAUGUCUUGCCCUCAGCCCACCCUCCCUGAUGCCAUAGUGGGAUCACUAGCCCGUCCACGUCUUCCCCUUUAGUCCACCCUCCCUGAUGCCAUAGGGGGAUCAUUAGCCCGUCCAUGUCUUACCCUCAGCCCACCCUCCCUGAUGUCAUGGGGGAUCAUUAGCCCGUCCAUGUCUUCCCUUUUAGCCCACCCUCCCUGAUGUCAUAGUGGGAUCAUUAGCCCGUCCACGUCUUCCCCUUUAGCCCACCCUCCCUGGUGCCAUAGGGGGAUCAUUAGCCCGUCCACGUCUUCCCCUUUAGCCCACCCUCGCUGAUGUCAUGGGGGAUCAUUAGCCGGUCCAUGUCUUCCCCUUUAGCCCACCCUCCCUGAUGCCAUAGGGGGAUCAUUAGCCCGUCCAUGUCUUCCCCUUUAGCCCACCCUCCCUGAUGCCAUAGUGGGAUCACUAGCCCGUCCACGUCUUCCCCUUUAGUCCACCCUCCCUGAUGCCAUAGGGGGAUCAUUAGCCGGUCCAUGUCUUCCCCUUUAGCCCACCCUCCCUGAUGCCAUAGGGGGAUCAUAACCCGUCCAUGUCUUACCCUCAGCCCACCCUCCCUGAUGCCAUAGUGGGAUCACUAGCCCGUCCACGUCUUCCCCUUUAGUCCACCCUCCCUGAUGCCAUAGGGGAUCUCACAGUCCCGCCCAUGUCUUACCCUCAGCCCACCCUCCCUGAUGUCAUGGGGGAUCAUUAGCCCGCCCAUGUCUUCCCUUUUAGCCCACCCUCCCUGAUGUCAUAGUGGGAUCAUAGCCUGCCCACGCCUUCCCCUUUAGCCCACCCUCCUUUGAUGCCAUAGUGGGAUCAUUAGCCCGUCCACAUCUUCCCCUUUAGCCCACCCUCCCUGAUGCCAUAGGGGGAUCAUUAGCCCGUCCAUGUCUUACCCUCAGCCCACCCUCCCUGAUGCCAUAGUGGGAUCAAUAGCCCGUCCACGUCUUCCCCUUUAGCCCACCCUCCCUGAUGCCAUAGGGGGAUCAUUAGCCCGUCCACGUCUUCCCCUUUAGCCCACCCUCCCUGAUGCCAUAGGGGGAUCAUAACCCGUCCAUGUCUUACCCUCAGCCCACCCUCCCUGAUGCCAUAGUGGGAUCAUUAGCCCGUCCACGUCUUCCCCUUUAGCCCACCCUCCCUGAUGCCAUAGGGGGAUCAUUAGCCCGUCCACGUCUUCCCCUUUAGCCCACCCUCCUUGAUGCCAUAGGGGGAUCAUAACCCGUCCAUGUCUUACCCUCAGCCCACCCUCCCUGAUGCCAUAGUGGGAUCAUUAGCCUGUCCACGUCUUCCCCUUUAGCCCACCCUCCCUGAUGCCAAGUUCUGUCAGCAGUAGAGGAUCAGCAGAGGGGAGAACUGGGUCUUGGUGCUGGUACAAGAUUCUUAUAAUUUAGAUAUUUAUUUGUUGGAGGGCAGAUAGGAAUUUUACUCUGGAAAAAAAGAAUGCAUUGUUAAAAGAUAUCUUUUAGUUGUUUUGUUUUUGUUGGAGUAACCAUUUAAUUAUACUGUAAAGAGAAGCAAGCUUAAAAUAGGACAAAGGAGAAUAUUCCAUAUUUUGAGAUGAAGGUUACUGUCUAAGCAUGUUUGCCCUAUCAAAAAACAUAUCUCCCGUACCCAUCUGCUGUCAGAUUCAUGGUUGCCUCGAUCCAAGUGACAUUGUUUCCUAUUUAGGAUCAGUGUGAGUUUGAGGAAGUGGCCGUUUACUUCUCCGAGGAGGAGUGGGACUGUCUAAAUGAAGAAGAGAAGAAACUUUACCGGGAUGUGAUGUUGGAGAAUUACCAGACCCUCAGCUCUCUGGGUAAGGAAAACUCAUGCUCGUCUAUGGAAUGUGUCACUCCAGAAACCACUGGAUUUAUAUCUGGAACAAGAAAGACAUUUUCCUCGGAUACACUGUAAACGUUGUGUGUGUGUGUGUGUAAGGAAAAGGAUGUACAUCUCAUUGUACAAUGUCCCUUAUUUUUCACUUGCAGGAUGGGUCAACAUGACACCUUCAGUUAUAUCAAUGAUUGAGAGUGGAGAAGAACCAUGUGUGAGGGGUCUCUUGAAGACCAUGGAGAUUAAGCAAGACGCGGGUUAGUAACAAACUAAAAGCUGCCAGGAAGCUUUCUUAGCCUCAGUAGUUUUCUCUUUAUUGCAUGGCACAGAUUAGAUCAAUAUCUUGCCCUUUUAUCUUUUUUUUUUUACUCAUAUAACUUUAAUCCCUUAUCAUUUACCACCAAAAAAAUAAAAUCUAUUAUAUCAAGGCAAGUGUAGCCUUUCAUAAAUUCCAAACUUAAAGGGUUACUCCAAGCACCAUCACCACUUGUGUUUUGAAGUGAUCAUGGUGCUUGGAGUCUGUAUGUGCAGCAUUUCAGUAAGAUGUCCUGCACAGAAACAUUGCUGUAACUCCACUCCUGCAGUGUCAUUUUCAGCCUGUGACCAGAGUUUUGGGCAGCUAAUGUCAAUUCUGUGCAUAGUUUGUGACGUUCAGUAUACAUAGCAUGCUGUCAUGUUAUGUUGCCAAAGGUGGAUCGAGCAGCAGGGAAAACUUUGCCUCAUCACGGCAGGGGGGAUGUUUUUUAUUUCUGGAAUAGGUGGAGGGCAAGGUUACUCCAUCCAAAAAUUGUGUUUUUAUUAUAUGAUUAUUUUUGGUUGGAAUAACCCUUUAAGCUAAACUUCCUAGUCAUGUACAAGGAAAUGAUAUUGCUGAUGCAUGAUGAUUAUUGAAAAUAUAGCUCGUAGGUUGAGAGAGGUCACUGCGGUGCUGGGCUUAGUGCAUAGGCUGAGUGAGAUCACUUCCGUGCUGGGCUUAGUGCAUAGGCUGAGUGAGAUCACUAUGGUGCUGGGCUUAGUGCAUAGGCAUAGAGAGAUCAUUGCGGUGCUGGGCUUAGUGCAUAGGCAGGGAGAGAUCACUUCCGUGCUGGGCUUAGUGCAUUACUGCUUACUUAAAGGAUCUUAACAUGUAUAGCUUGGAGGAAAGACGAGACAGGGGGGAUAUGACAGAAACAUUUAAAUAUAUAAAGGGAAUCAACACAGUAAAGGAGGAGACUAUAUUUAAAAGAAGAAAAACUACCACAACAAGAGGACAUAGUCUUAAAUUAGAGGGACAAAGGUUUAAAAAUAAUAUCAGGAAGUAUUAUUUUACUGAGAGGGUAGUGGAUGCAUGGAAUAGCCUUCAAGCUGAAGUGGUAGAGGUUAACAUAGUAAAGGAGUUUAAGCAUGCGUGGGAUAGGCAUAAGGCUAUCCUAUCUAUAAGAUAAGGUCAGGGACUAAUGAAAGUAUUUAGAAAAUUGGGCAGACUAGAUGGGCCGAAUGGUUCUUAUCUGCCGUCACAGUCUAUGUUUCUAUAAUCUGCUGAUGAAGAUAAGAAGAAGAAAAGAAGUUGGUGCACUUUGCAAACAUUCCACUUAUUCCAAUACUUGACAAAUUUGUUUGGAAUCUAGGAGCCAGCUAAAAACAUAAAAAAAAAAGGCUUCUAAACUAACAGUUUCAUUUUCAAUGCUAGCAGUAUUAACCCCUUAAUGGCUGAGCCAAAUGUACACGUUUUGAUCAAAACAAAACAUAAACAAAACCUGGAAUUUGACUAUAUGUCUGUUCAGGCGUAAUUCAACUCUUUCAUAUUAAGUGCACCCACACUUAUUAUAUAUCAUUGUAUUCAUGUAUUUUUUAGUUCUGCAUGGCAUUUUAACUGUCCAUGUCAUAAUACUGUUUGCUUUUACUGCAAUAAACUACACAUAUUUGUAUUCAGCAAAGUCCCACGUGUAAAACAGUACCCCCUAUGUACAGAUUGUAUGGGGUUUUGGGAAGUUACAGGGUCAAAUAUAGCACGUUACAUUUUCCCGUUUGUGUGUGAAAAAGGCAAAAAAACAUAACUUUCAUUGAUGAUAUCAUCGUUGUAAUACAUUUUACUGUCUUGAUAAAGACCGCUAGACGGUCGAUACGUUGAUUUAUAUGCGUUUGAUUUAAUAUAUUUUUUUGUUUACUAAAUGCAAUGAGUGCUCUCAGUUUGUUCCAUUUGUAUAUUUUGCACGGAGAGGCACCUGGUCAUUGCUGAAUUAAUGCUUUUGCUAUGGGAUGAGUGCCAGAAACUAUUGUGAUUUUUAUAUAUAUAUAUAUAUUUAUUUUCAAACUGUUUUUAAACUUUAUUAAACUUUAAUACAGGCAGCAGGGGGGCUACCUGUCAUUCCAGGCACUUCCCCUCUGGGCACUGCUAUGGAUGGCUAUUCCGUCCAUGUGAUCGUGAGGUCCUCACAAGAACCGGAUCGGCACCAGGGGGACUCCCUGGGAUGCCAGCUAAGUCCCCAUCGGUCCCCAAGGAUGGCAAAGCACAGCCGCUGUCCUUAAGGGGUUAAAAGAACACUAUAGUCACCAGUACCACUACAGAUUAAUGUAAUUGUUCUGGUUUUUGUAGCCUUUCCCUGCAGGCAUUUAACCCCUUAAAGAUGGAGUCAGUUGUACAAGUUGUGAUCAAAACAAAACGUAAACAAAACCUUGAAUUUGCGCUAUAUGUGGUUGAACCAUAAUUCACCUCUUUCAUAUCAAGUACACCCACACUUCUUAUAUAUCAUUUUUGUUCAGGAGAAACUGGGGUUCAUAUCAAAUAUGUAUAUCUGAAACAUAAUUUAAUAUGAAUAAAAUUUAAAAAAAACUUUGAGGAAUUAAGAAAUGUUAUUUUUCAAAUUGUGCAUGGCAUUUUAACUGCAAUAAAUUACACAUAUUUGUUUUCAGCGAUGUCUCACAAGUACAAAAGUACCCCCUAUGUACAGGUUUUAUGGUGUUUUGGAGAGUUACAGGGUCAAAUAUAGGGCUUGCCCCUUUCUCGUUUUUACACGUUGACAUUUGCUUGGACUAUGGUGCCUUUGAGACCAUAUGGCAGUCCAGGAAUGAAAAUUAACCCCAGCAUGGCAUACCAUGUGUAAAAGUAGACAACCCAGGAUAUUCAAAAUGGGGCAUGUCCAGUCUUUUUUAGUAGCCACGUGGUCACAAACCCUGGCCAAAGUUAGCGUUUAUAUAUUAUUUGUUUUGCAUUUUUUACACAAAGACUGCCCUUUCAUUGAUUAUAUCAUCGUCAUUAUACAUUUUACUGCUCUAAAGCACUCAUAGUUGUGUUCAGCAAUGUCUCAUGAGUAAAACAGUACCAUGCAUGUACAGGUUUUAUGGCGUUUUAGAAAGUUACGGGGUCAAAUAUAGGGCUUGCCCAUUAAAUUUUUUACACAUUCAAAUUUGCCAGAUUGGUUAUGGGCCUUAUGUGUCUUUGAGACUGUAUGGCAGCCCAGGAAUGAGAUUUACCCCCAUCAUGACAUAUCAAUCACAAAAGUAGGCAACCAAGAAUGGGGUAUAUCCCAUCUUUUGGGGUAUAUCCCAUCUUUACAUAUUAUGAGCGGUGGGUGGGGGCCCUAAAUUAGAAUGAGGGGGAGGACCUAAUGUCCUCCCCCAUGGCCCCCACCCCUGAGAGGUGGGUGGGGGCCCUAAAUACUAAUUAGGGGGGACCUAAUUUCCUCCCCACCCCUGAGAGGUGGGUGGGGGCCCUAUAUAUAUAUAUAUACACACAGAAUGGGGUAUAUCCCAUCUUUUUAAGUAGCCACUUAGUCACAAACCCUGGCCAAAGUUAGCGUUUAUAUUUUUUGUUUUGCAUUUUUCACACAAAGACUGCACUUUCAUUGAUUAUAUCAUCGUCAUUAUACAUUUUACUGCUCUCUGGAGUUUGCUUGAAAGUAGGCUAUUUAAAGUAGUCUCUUUUAAGUAGGAGUUAAAACAACAGGAGUUGAAAUUACAAGGGAGUUUAAACCAAGAGGGUAAAUAUUGUUUUUGCUCACUUGUGUUUUUUGUAACUGGAGAUGAGUGCUAGCAAGAUUGCGAGUUUAACUCAGUGCACAUCAUGCCACAUGUAUGCAUGCCUGGAUGAUUCUGUCCGGGGUCCAUACCUCUGUGGUGGGUGUGAGCGAGUGGCAUUUCUGGAAGCUCAGAUUAGAGAUCUGGAGAGGCAAAUUGUAACACUGAGGGAAAUUGACAAUCUUGAGAGGAGUCUGCUGCUCACUGAGCAGAGUUUAGUGGGGACAGGUAGUGGAGAGGGAGGAGAUAAGACAGAUGGGGAACAGGCACGUAGCUGGGUGACAGUGGGGCGAGGAAGCAGGGGGGGAGGGAAGAGGAAAGGUUUAGCUAGUCCUGGUCUCAUGCAGCCUAACAGAUUUGCCAGAUUUGAAGAUGUUGGGAGCAUCAGCUCAGGAGUAGCUGUACUGCAGGAAGCUGUUCCUGCUAACAGCAGUGGAAACAGCCCCUCUAGUACGGGUGUGGUUGAGAGGGUAAGGAAGUCUAGACAGGUUGUGGUGCUAGGGGACUCUAUUAUUAAGAGAGUAGAGAGGGUAAUCUGCCACUCUGAUCGACUCAACCGGACAGUUUGCUGUCUCCCGGGUGCUCGGGUCCGGCAUGUUGCCGACAGAGUGGAGGGAUUAUUGGGAGGGGCUGGAGAUGACCCAGCUGUCAUGGUCCAUAUUGGUACCAAUGACAAAGUCAGAGGAAAAUGGAAGGUCCUAAAGAAUGAGUUCAGGGAACUAGGAAGUAAGCUAAAGAAAAGGACCUCCAAGGUAAUGUUUUCAGAAAUAUUACUUGUGCCGCGCGCUACAGCAGAAAGGCAGCGGGAGAUUAGAGAGGUCAAUGCGUGGCUAAAGUCUUGGUGUAGGAAAGAGGGUUUUGGGUUUUUUAGGGUACUGGGUCCAUUUUGCGCUUGGGUAAAACCUGUAUAGUCAUGAUGGAUUGCACCUAAACGGAAGAGGGUCUGCUGUGCUGGGGGAUAGGAUGGCUAGAAGGUUGGAGGAGAUUUUAAACUAGUGGUAGGGGGGGGAGGGUCAAAGCAAUCUAGAAAAUGGAGAUAGGAUGGAAAGGAGAUGGGCUUUAGCUCAGAACAAAGAGGGUGGAGAUGGGGGGAGGGGAAAGCUCAGAACAGAGGAGGUAUGUAAUAUUGAUAAUUCACAAAAAGUACAAAAGACUCAUGAUAAUAUUAAAUGUAUGCUUACUAAUGCAAGGAGCCUAUAUAACAAAAUGGGGGAACUAGAGGCAAUAGCAUACACUAAACAAUAUGAUAUAAUAGGCAUAACAGAAACAUGGUGGGAUGAGACACAUGACUGGGCAGUUCAUUUAAAUUGGUACACGUUAUUUAGGAAGGAUAGGAAAAACAAGAAGGGUGGUGGGGUAUGUUUAUAUGUCAACCAUGAGUUAAAGUCAAAUCUUAGGCAUGUGGAGUGUGACGAGGAAAAGGUGGAGGCUUUAUGAGUAGAUAUCUGCUUGGGGCAAACAAAGAGAAAUCAAUUAUUGGUUGGGAUAUGUUCUAAACCACCUAAUGUAAAUAUUAUUGAGGAAGAACAGCUGUUAGAGCAAAUUGAGAAAGCUGCAAAUCAAGGUAACACAUUAAUUAUUGGAGAUUUUAAUUAUCCAGACAUAAAUUGGGAAAGAGGGACUAGUACUUCAGCAAGGGGAAUCAGGUUUUUGAAUGUGUUUAAUGACACCUUUAUGUCACAACUGGUACAAGCACCAACUAGAAAGGAUGCUUGUCUGGAUCUCGUUAUAACAAACAAUGUUGAUCUUUUAACCAACAUUCAAGUAGGGAAGCAUUUGGGAAAUCGUGAUCACAAUAUGGUAAAUUUUGAAAUAAACUCAAUAAAGUAAAAGCACGUGGGAUAUACUAAAAAGUAUAAUUUAAAAAAAGCCAAUUUCAAUAAGAUUAGGGCAGCUCUACAACAUAUUGACUGGCAUAAACUCCUUAGUGAUAAAAACACUGAGGAUAAAUGGAAACUAUUCAAACAUAUAUUAGAAAGGUACAUUUCUCAGUAUGUACCAUUGGGUAAUAAAUAUAAAAGAAACAAAUUAAAACCAAUGUGGCUUAGUAGAGAAGUAAAACAAGAGAUUAAAAAUAAGAAAAGGGCAUUUAAAUCAGACAAAUCAAAGGCAUCCUAUUUAAGAUAUAAGGAAGCCAAUAACGCUUGCAAAAAGGCAAUUAAAGUGGCUAAACUAGAAAAUUAGAAAUUGAUGGCUAAAGAAUGCAAAACCAACCCCAAAAUUUUUUUCAAGUACAUCAAUUCUAAAAAAACAAAAAAUGAAAGUGUAGGUAUACUUGAAACAGAGUUGGGUUUAUUAGCUAAUGAAGACCAGGACAAAGCAGAAAUUUUAAAUAACUAUUUUUCUUCAGUAUAUAUUAAUGAGGAUCCUAUGGCAAGAGAUAUGCAAAUGAUUGCUGCAAAAAACUUGCAAAUAACUUGUGAUUGGAUAACUCGAGACAAGGUGCUACAGCUAUUAAAGAAAAUUAAUGUAAAUAAAGCUCCGGGGCCUGACGGUAUUCACCCACGAGUACUUAAGGAGCUAAGUGGGGAAAUAAGUGAACCUCUGUAUUUAAUUUUUCAAGAUUCUUUUGUUUCAGAUGUUGUACCGGAGGAUUGGAGGAAGGCAGAUGUUGUUCCUAUAUUUAAAAAGGGUUCAAAAUCCUUGCCUGGAAAUUAUAGACCUGUGAGCUUAACUUCUGUAACUGGGAAAAUAUUUGAAGGGCUAUUAAGGGAUAAUAUUCAGGAAUUCAUUGGGAAGAACUUUGUUAUUAGCAAUAAUCAGCAUGGUUUUAUGAAACAUCGGUCAUGUCAAACUAACCUAAUUGCAUUCUACGAAGAAGUAAGUAGAAGUAUAGAUCAGGGUGUUGUAGUGGAUGUGAUCUACUUGGAUUUUGACAAGGCAUUUGAUACGGUUCCUCACAAUAGGCUAGUCUUCAAACUAAAAGAAAUUGGUCUAGAUGAAUAUUCUUGUUCUUGGGUAGAACAUUGGCUUAAGGAUAGAGUACAACGAGUUGUAAUUAAUGGUAAAUUUUCAGGCUGGACAAAAGUAGUAAGUGGUGUCCCUCAGGGUUCUGUUUUGGGACCACUUCCAUUUAACAUAUUUAUAAAUGAUCUUGAAAUAGGCAUUGAAAGCCAUGUAUCAGUGUUUGCAGAUGACACAAAACUUUGUAAAGUAAUAAAAUGUGAGCAGGAUAUUGCUUUGCUGCAGAGAGAUUUGGAUCGAUUGGGGGACUGGGCACUAAAAUGGCAGAUGAAAUUUAACAUAGAGAAAUGCAAAGUUAUGCACUUCGGGGUUAAGAAUGCACAAGCAACUUACACACUAAAUGGUAGUGAAUUAGGGAUAAGCACACACGAGAAGGAUUUGGGAAUUGUUAUAGACAACAAAUUAGGCAGCAAUGUGCUAUGUCAAUCUGCAGUUGGUAAGGCCAGUAAGAUUUUGUCAUGUAUAAAUAGGGGCAUAAAUUCUCGGGAUGAAAAUAUAAUUUUGCCUCUUUAUAAAUCGCUGGUAAGACCACACCUUGAAUAUGCUGUGCAAUUUUGGGCGCCUGUUCUAAAGAAGGAUAUCAUGGCACUGGAGAGGGUCCAGAGAUGAGCUACAAAAUUGAUAAAAGGAAUGAAGCAUUUUAGUUAUGAAGAAAGGUUAAAAAAAAUUAAAUCUGUUUAGUUUUGAAAAACGGCGCCUGAGAGGGGAUAUGAUAACUUUAUACAAAUAUAUUCGUGGCCAGUACAAACCUUUAUCUGGAAAUCUAGUCAUAAACAGGGCUAUACAUAGGACACGAGGUCACACAUUUAGGCUGGAAGAAAGGAGAUUUCAUCUAAGGCAAAGAAAAGGUUUUUUUUACAGUAAGAACAAUAAGGAUAUGGAAUUCUCUGCCUGAAGAGGUGGUUUUCUCAGAGUCCAUACAGAUGUUUAAACUGAAAUUGGAUAAAUACUUACAAAAACAUAACAUACAGGGAUAUAAUUUCUAAUUAGUGGGGUAAUAGCUGCUUGAUCCAAGGAGACAUGUGACUGCUAUUUCGGGGUCAAGAAGGAAUUUUUUCCUAGUUUGUGGCAAAAUUGGAAGCGCUUCAGACCAGGUUUUUUGCCUUCUUUUGGAUCAACAGCAACAACAUUUGUGAGGAAGGCUGAACUUGAUGGACGCAAGUCUCUUUUCAGCUAUGUAACUAUGUAACUAUGUAAUUGGUUUGCUGAGCCUAUGUUGCCUCUGAGACCAUAUUGUAGCCAUGGACUGAGAAUUACCCCCAUCAUGGCAUACCAUUCACAAAAGUAGACAACCCUGGUGUAACCGACCGUUUCCGCACACAACGGGUUAAAACCGUUUAGGCGAUAUUCCCCCUUUCAGAUGCACAGGCACAGCUACUGCAGAACACCAAACUCCCGAACUGAAUACAAGGGAAUGCUUCAAACUCCCGAACUGCAUACAAGGGAAUGCUCCAACCUCCCGAACUGCAUACAAGGGAAUGCUCCAAACUCCCGAACUGGAACCUCACGAAUAGCUGCUAGCAGACGAACAGGAAAAGCACCCAAGCGGCUUACACUCCUGGCAAUCAGUCUCUAACAGCAUACAGUAAAUCCCCCCCAAAGACGAGACAAGGCUCAGUGUUGGGGGUCAAGCAGUGGUCUGUUUAAUGAGGGCUACCUGCCCAGUAUUUAUGCAGGUCUCCUACCUGGUGGACACUCCCCUGUGGGACCAAAUGGGAGACUGUGACAAAGGACAGACCUGAACCAAUGACAGACACACAGAGGUAAAACCUCCCCACAAUGCAUCCUAACUUCCCUCCCUCUGUCCUGGAGAUAAUUGGGAAGUAAUCCAAUUAUCUCCCAGCACAGAGGCAAAACUCCAUUAACCACAUGGCAGUAAAAGACAUAAAAAUGUAUAAAGUUACAACUGUUGCACAAACCAUAAACAUUCUACCUAUCCCCAGAUAGCUUAGAUCUGAGCGCACAAAAGUACCGAGUAGCGCUCAGAUCCUAUGCACACAGUCCAAUCGCCGUGGAGUUAAAGUGUUCACAAAGUCUGUUCUCCAUCCGAAUAGACUCCACGGGAUGACUAUCUGGGGUAAUGCAGUUCAUAUGGUUUAAACUACCGAAUGAACAGGCAUCCGGUUAAAUAAGCCUUUUCUGCAGGGGAAAAGAAGGCUUUUAACAUGGGGCCAUAGUCCAAAGGCAACAGGCGAGCAACCAGGCUUCUCCAAUGCAAUGUGGCGAGAUUGCUCUCGUCACACCAGGGUAUUCAGAAUUGGGUAAGUCUAGUCUUUAGUAGUACCCACUUAAUCACAAUUGUAGCCAAAGUUAGUUUUCAGGGGUUUGUGGAUUUUUAUUUAUUUUUUUUCACACAAAAACUGCACUUUUACUAAUGAUAUCAUCAUCAUUACAAAUGUUAGUGUUUCAAAACACUUUUGUGUUCAGCAAAGUCUCACGAGUACAACAGUACCCCACAUAUACAGGUUUUAUAGUGAUAUGGACAGUUACAGGGUUAAAUAUAGGGCUUGUAAAUUAAAUUCAAUGGACUUUCUGCCUGGGUUGUCAGGCAGGUCCCUUGAAUUAUAAUUAAUAAAAAUUCAUUAAUUAUGUAAAUAUAGUAGAUAAAUAUACACGUUGAAUAUAUAUAUAUAUAUAUAUAUAUAUAUAUAUAUAUAUACACACACAAAUACAUACACACACAUACAAGUAUGUACAUGCAUACGCACAUAUAUUUUUUUAUAUGUGUAUAUAUAUUUAUAAUUCUAAGUGUAUUUUGAGAUGUAUAUAAUAUAUCAAGAUACGCUUAUGACUAAAAAAUUUUAUUUUUGUUUUACAUAUUUUUUUUAGUAUAGGUAUAAUAUAUUAUAAGUUAAUUAAAACAUCUGAUAAGCAUCUGAUUAGCAUAUUAUACACAAUUUAUUUUGGUAUUAAUAUAUAGAUUAAUAGCAAAAUACAGUGGGAAUUAAAUGAUAGAUAGAUGUAUUAUAUGUGUAUAAUAUGCUAAUCAGGUGUUUUAAUGAACUUCUAAUAGAACACUCAGGCAGUCUCAUAGUAGGCUUUGCAGCCAUGUGAUUUGCAACGUCCCUGGGGGGUCAAAAUGGAAGCAGGGGACAGGGAACUAACGGCGAUUAGGCUCAUUACGUGUGGGGCGGCAUAGUACGCCCUAACGGCAUUAUUGGUUUAAAUUCAGAGAAAGAGCAGUGUUUAUAUUACUGCCUAGUAACACCUCUAGUGACAUCACUCAGACAGUCACUAGAGGCUCCUGGGUCAGUACUGCACAUGUUCUGCAUGGAGGCACUGAAUAUUCUCCAUAGAGAUGCAUUGAUUCAACUGAUUGUGCAUUCACGGCACAACACUGUCAAAGCAUUGGCUUCACUGAGAUCAUAUAUUGAUGAGGAUGGAGGCAGGACCUGCCACGGUGAAACCGGCACAGCGUGGGGGAAAAAAGGUGAGUAAAAACACCUUUCCCACGCAAUUGGAAGGGCAGGUAUCUAAACAGACAUAUACACAUUCAUUGACAGACACAAACACACACUGACAGACACACUCACAAAUUGCCAUUUUUAUUUUAAUUCACCCAGUCUCCUUACCUUUUGGAUAGCUGAGUGGAUCCUCUCCCUGGGCUCCUCUCUAAUCUUCCUGCAGUUCCUCUCUGCUUCCCUGCAAGCCUUCUGUAGUAGCCGGGACUGGAGCUCCGUCCUAUUCCGACUCCUGGUAUCACUAAACCGCACAAGGGAACAGAGAACUGUAGGGAGAUUGCCUCCUUGCUGCCUCAGCUGCUCCCAAUGCCAGUGUCCUCUACGCUCUUCCUUACAGCUGCCUUCGCUAAAGGGAUGAUAAAUUCUAGGCUCUGGGACAAGAUGUAUAGUCACCAUGGUGACCUGGCACCUGGAAUUUCUAGAGCCCAGGCUUAAUCUAAAAAUGUUGGGAACCACUGCAUUUGCUCUUACAUUUGCGUAUAGUGCAUUAAGUUUUUGUACCAGUCAGCAAAACCAGUAAAAGCUACUUUCUUUCCUUGCUUUGGCAGAUCUCGCUGCAGAAAUCUGCAGACCCUGGGAAUUUGCAGCAGACAUAGAAGAUUCAGAAUAUCUUCCAGAGGUCCAUGAUUUAGAAAACUUCCUUCAGGAAUCUAGCAUUGUCAGCAGUCUGGGUGCAGAGGAAAAAAUGGGUGAGACGUGUGAAUUCAGAAUCUUGGUGUAUAUAUUUUUUAUAUAUGAACAUUUUAAUUUGUGGUUUUGAUUGGUGGUAGGGAUCGACCAAUUAUUGGCAGCCUGCACAAAGCCAAUGGACCACCUUGGAGUGUAAUGUCCCUCCUCCCUGGCCACAAGGCAGAAGAAGGGGAAUAAAACUAAAAAUUAUUUAUUUAAAAUUAUUUAUUAACGUCUUAAGGACGGAGGCAUUGUACAAGUUCUGAUCAAAACAAAACCUGGAAUUUGACUUAUUAUUAUUAUUAUUAUUAUUAUUAUUAUUAUGUCUGUUCAACCAUAAUUAUUAUUAUUUUAUUAUUUAUAUAACGCCAUCAGAUUCCGUAGAGCUGUACAAUGUAAUGCAACUCUUUUUCAUAUUAAAUCCACCCACACCUAUAUAAUUUUGUUCAGGAGAAACCGGGUUUAUUUUCACAUCAUGUAUUUAUAUAUGAAACCUAAUUUUAUUUAAAUAAUAUCUAAAAAGGUGUGCGAAAUUAAGAAUGUUUUGUUAUUUUCUUAGUACUACAUGACAUUUUAACUGCGAAUGUCAUAAUACUGUUAGAUUUUACCUCAAUAAAAUAUGUAUUCAGCAAUGUCUCACAAGUACAACAGCACCCCCUAUGUACAGAUUUUAUGGGGUUUUGGAAAUGUACAGGGUCAAAUAUAGGGUCUUCCCCCUUUUCAGUUUUUGCACAUUAUAAUUUGCCAGAUUAGUUUGUUGGCCCUAUGUUGCCGUUGAGACUGUAUGGCAGCCUAGGAAUGAAAAUGAACCCUAUCAUGGCAUACCAUUUGGAAAAGUAGACAACCUAACGUAUUCAAAAUGGGGUAUAUUCAGUAUUGUUGAGUAGCCACUUAGUCCCAAACUCUGGCCAAAGUUAGCGUUCAUAUUUGUUUUUUGCAUUUUUCACAAAAUAAACAUUUUCACCAACAAUAUCAUCAGCAUUAUACAUUUUACUGCUCUGAAACACUCAUAUUUGUAUUCAGCAGUUUCAGCAGUUUCUCAUGAUUACAAUAGUACCCUCCAUGUGCAGGUUUUAAGGUGUUUUGGGAAUUUACAGGGUCACUAUAGGACUUGCCCAUUUUAGUUUGCCAAAUUGAUUUGCUGGGCAUAUGUUGCAUUUUGAGACCAUAUGGCAGCCCAGAAAUAGGAAUUACCAACCAUCAUGGCAUACCAUUUGUAAAUGUAGACAACUCAUAUAUUAUACAUGGGUGGCGGAGCAGAGCAGCGAGUGGAGUCAGACGCACAUUCUUGCAGCCCCUCUAGUUUCCGGGGAAUUAUUAUUAUUUAAUUUUUUUUUGCUGAUCUUAACCCGAAUCUGGGAGUGAAUACACUCCCAUUACACUGGGAAGAUAAGCCUGAACCGACAGACGCCAUUUUUCUAUCCUGCAAGUUCCGAAAACCAGCACCUUGGACCUACAACGCUGAGUUACCAUGACUUUUCUGUGAUGACUAGUGGGGCGGAAAUUACUCUCCUGGUAACCUCCUCCGGAUUACCACCAGCAACCAUAGACCAAAAGUCACAAAGGGCCCAUGAGUUGACACUGUCGCUGCUGCUCUUGAUCUGCCUGUAGUGACAACUUUAUUGGCAUAGUCCCAAGUUGCAAAUGAUGGCAACGCCCCAAUAGCAACACGUGACCUACAAGACCUAUUAAUACAUAUCGCCAGUAGAACAUUAACAUAUGUGGUAUCACUGGCACACUGCCUGCAGAUGAACUCCCACACUUUGUCCGGUGGCUUCUUGCCUUUGUAUUGCCAGUAAACCAUGCCAAACCAUUCACAAUUGUUGGUCUCUACCGAAUCUCCAAGUCUACCCAUGCGCCAAUGCCCCACCAGAAACAUUGUACUCUGUUGCAAAUCUUUGGCUGACAAAAUGCAGCUUCUUCAGGCCUUGAGGGGAAAGACCACACUAUAGUUUGAGAAUUCAAGCCUCACUUUCAUUCAGGAUUUGAGCAGGGCCAUGCUGAUGUAGCGAAAAACAAUGCAACCCAUCACUCAGUUGCUACAGGCCUACCCCAGAUCUUUCAUGGUUACGAGACUCUCUGAGGGUUCAACCUUUCUGCAAGCACUGGGACUAACCGAGCCGACGCUAGCGAUUUUCCUCACGACACUCCUGGGAUGUCUCCCAUAUUACACCCUUCGUGCCAGGUGGGUACGAAGACUCCAUGACCUGAAGCACCCACAGCUAGUUAAUGGUUUUGUUGUGUAACCAUAAUACACAGUUUGUUUAGUUUUACUUCCUUACCUUGCAUUUUGAUAUUAAAACCUUGGAGCCAGGGACAUACUAGGCUCCUUGCCAGGUGAAAAAGAUCAUUACACUUUAUCCUGCUACUGGUCCUAAUAUAGAUAUACUGCGCCAUCAUAUGUCCCUGUUUCUCUUUCUGAGACUGAAAAACUAGGAUUGAAGAGUGGUGUGUUAGGAUUACUAACACGCAGAACUGUAUCACACCUAGGACUAAAGUUAACGUCUUACCGAGCCUUAGAAUGGCCGGACUUAACGUACCAAAGAAUAGUCAGAAUACUUGCCGAGGUCGGGGACACAGAAUGAGACACAACUAUGAAGGAAAGCCAAAAGUCGAGGAUACCAGAAAAGAGGGAAGUCAAAACGAAGCCAAAGUCAGUAAGCAGAAAUAAACGCUCAGGAACACACUCUAGGACAACCACUAAGGCAAUCCACGACAGGGCAAUGAGGGAAGGUAAAGGAGUUUAAAUAAGUCUCCUUUAAAUCCGAUUGGCCAUAACCGGCCUAUGACCCUCAAACGUGUGUGAAUUAACACGCAAGUUGAUACAAUUUCCAUUUUUAUAUUUUUCCAUAUGCUAUUACUCUGAACCCCCUCCUGUUAUACACUAGAGCUCCACUAUUUAGUUAUAAGUAAUUCACUUAUAAUCUUUAUUGUAAUGUAUUUUGUGGUGAGGUAAGUAAGGUAUUCUUUACAAGUGAAUUUGAGCUGCUGUCAUUUUUAUUGUAACAGUAAGUUUAUAUAUAUAUAUAUAUAUAUAUAUAUAUAUUUGUGCUCGGAAUUUAAAUAUGUAAUGGAUAGUAUCUGUGAGCAAAGUUGGUUGUGGUGUGCCGAAACCAACGUACGAGUGGGCCUGUAAAUAAGAGGGCCCACCAAGGAUAAUGUAGUUAAAACAGGGUGUAGGUGGGUGGGGACAAUCAGCUGAGCGGCAGCGGUGAGUAGGGGCUGGGAGUUUAAGUAGGGGACUUACUCCUCCCACAAAUUCAGGCCUAAUGGCCUUUCUACUUGUGCUCGGAAUUUAAAUACGUAAUGGAUAGUAUCUGUGAGCAAAGUUGGUUGUGGUGUGCCGAAACCAACGUACGAGUGGGCCUGUAAAUAAAAGAGGGCAAAAAGAUAAAUUCAAGAAAAUACACACUUUAUUGCAUUUUACAAGACCAAGUUCCUGAAAGCUUGGUGAAGCUCUUUCUCUGGUUGCGGAAUAUAUGUGUUAUAUAUGGAGGAUUUCCAUCGCCCGAGCCUUUUGAUGAUGUGGACCGGUGCGUUUGUGCUAGAGGCUGCUGAGGCGGCUCCUAUGCGGAAGGAGUGCCCGGAGAAUGCAGCCGGGUUGUGUCCGAGCUUAGAUAACAGGGUUCUGACAUGUAACAUCAAUUUUGCCGUGGUAAGCGGGUGCCCUUGUAAUGUUAAGAGCGGAGAGUCUGGCAGGUGAGUGUGAAGAGUUGACCGUAGUUGGUCGAGAACUUUCACCGGACACCAGGCAUUAUCAGUAGGGAAGAGAGGAAUUAUAGUGGGAUGUAUUGAUCGGUUGGUUUUCGUGGUAGGGAUAGAAAGGAGGUAGUGAUCCUCUACCUUGGUGAGGUGUGAAGUUUUAAGGCAUCGUGCCAUAUCUCCUUGACAAAUCACGGUGAACUCUCUAGGUCUGAGAAAACCGUAGAAAGCGAGAUAUAUGGCAGAUUUUAUCACCGUAUUGGUGUAGCUAUCAAAUGGGGCUGUGUCAAGGAGAUUGCUAAGUGACCUGAAGAUAGGCCCGUCUAUGGCUAAUCUAGUGCUUGCGAGUGGUGGUGAAACCUUUGAUAUACCUUUCAAGACCUUUUUAAUGGGGUAUGAAGACAAAAAGGGAGUGCUGUUAGGAAAAUUGGUGAGGCUGUGGUGCUGAACCCCGGUGAGGUAAAGUUUAAUGGUGUUGUGUGACAUAUUAAGGUGUAGGUGGCAAAAAGAGGCAAAAGACACCAUGGUUUGGAUAGAAAAGUCACCUUGUAGCCCGAAUUCUGCAGUGAAUUUGUUAAAUAUGUUAAGUGCCCUAUUGUAAGUGAUAGCAGUGUUGGGUGAUAAUGCUUGGUGAGUGAGUGAUCUAGCGUGAAGCAAGAGUGUGCUUAAUCCAAUAUUAGUUCGUGAAACCGUGGUGUCCUGGAUGGCUGUUGGUGAGCUGCUGGGAGUGCCUGAGAAAAUGCCUGGAAUCGAGAACGAGAAAGAGCGUCAGCGGCGGUGUUGUGAAUACCCGGGAUGUGAGAACAUACUAAGUGAAACUGAUUGGAUGCUGCCAGCCAGGUCAACUUGCGAAUCAGCCGCAUGAUGGUCAGGGAAGAUGAGCGCCCUUUGUUAAUGAUAUCGCAAGCUGCCGAGUUAUCUGAGUAGCAUUUUACUGCCUUGCCGGACCAGAGAUGACCCCAGGUGUGUGCGGCCGCCACAAUGGGGUAAAUUUCAAAUAGGGCUGAGGUCUCCCUGAAUCCUGGCAAGGCAUCCGUCUCAGUGGGCCAGUGGCCCCUAAACCAGUGGUUCCCGAAAAUGGCUGCGAAACCGGUGUUGGCUGCUGCGUCUGUGUGGAUGAUGGGUGAAGAGGUGGAGAGAGGGGGGAUAAACAUGGAGAUACCAUUCCAGUCUUUCAAAAACUUCCCCCACAUAGCCAAGUCAGCCUUGGCGUGGGGGUCCAAAGAAACUGUGCCGGAGUCCGGAACUCCGUGGAGCAGGCAAAGAAGUCUGGAAAUGAAAGACCUUCCCUGCGGAAUGAUGCGCAUGGCGAAGUUCAGAGAACCAAGAAGGGACUGAAGUUCUCUCCUGGUGCAAACGUCAUUCCGCAGGAACGUGUCUAUCUCCCCUCUCAAUCGUGAAAGUUUGUCGUGUGGAAGGCUAGCUCUGAGUUUGACAGAAUCGAGCUCUAUGCCUAAAAAGGUCAACUUAGUAGUGGGUCCUAUAGUUUUGGCUGGGGACAAAGGGACUCCCAGUGUGGAAAAAAGUGCGGUAGUACUAUUGAUUGCUGUGGGUGUUGAUGACCCUGGCUCUAUCAGUAGAAAGUCGUCUAGAUAGUGAAUAACGGAGUGACACCUGAUGACGUUCAGAAGCAGCCAGCAUAGUGACUCUGCGAAAAUGUCGAAAAGUUUGGGGCUGCUUCGAGAACCAAAAGUGAGUCGUGUUGAGAAGUAAUAAUACCCUCGCCAUUUAACACCGUGUAAGUGCCAGAGUGAGGGGUGUAUGGGCAGUAAUUUAAAGGCGUUAGUGAUGUCUGUUUUGCUGAGCCAGGGUCGAUUACCAGAUGUCAUGAUGGACUGUAUGGCGUCGUCGAUGGUGACGUACUGCAGAGAGAAUUCGUCUGCUGGAAUGAGUGCGUUUAUGCUUGGAACAAAAGAGGAGUGCGGUGCCGAUAAAUCGAUAAUGAGACGUUUUUUAUUAGAAUAUUUGUGAAUAGCAAUACCAAUAGGGUUAGUGCGCCAGGAGGAAAACGGUGAAGAGGUGAAAGGACCGAUCAUGAAACCGUUUGUGGUUUCUGCGGAAAUGAGAGUGUCUACAGCGACUGGGUCUAAACGUGCAGACUGGAGAUUAGGACAUUCUAGUGUACCUGGGGGAAUGGCUACUAUGCCUGUGUGAAACCCUUGUGAGAAACCUGUGGUGAGAAAAUCCACUAAGUGCCUGCUGGGGUGAGACCUUAGAUAAAAAACCAGGUUGUCGAUAUUAAUGUCGGUUAGUCAUUUGUUUGGUGACAACCUGGCUGGACACAUGGUCUUGGUAUGUGCCCUGAAACAUAUGGAGCAGAUGUGCAAUAAUCUACAGGCGCUGAAACUGCAGGAGCCUGCGUUGAAAUUAUUGCACACCUGUGCUUUACCUAAAAAGGAGAUGGGCCUACCCAGCUUAUCCCGGAGACCACCCGCUGGCUUGUUGUGAGGGGUGAAAGAGGAGUGAGGUGUGAACGUGGGGUGAGGGGUGGGAGUGGAGGUGGUGGGAUCUGGUUCGACGGGACAUAAGUCCGCCAUGUGGGAUGUAGAAUUACAGAUGGCACAAGCCGGGGGCCUGAGUCCAGCGAAGUGGCGACAGAAAAGUUCCGUGUCCAUCUGACCCCAGUUCAUUCUAAUGUUGAACUGCUUGAGGUGGGUCGCCGCCUUCGCUGAAACUGACUUGUGGUAGUCAUAGAAGGAAGAGCCCCCGUACUUGAUGCCUAGAUCCACUACCUUGUGGAGAUAGAGAUCUAGCUCUUCUCUCCUAUGGGGAUACACCGUACAAAUGACGUCGCGGUAUAUCUCAAAGGCUAUCACAAACUGUGGGAUAGACAAUUUUUUAUUAAGCCUGGGAUCCCUCGUUUUGAGCACCACUGAGAUGUCACCAUAAUUGUAAGCCUUGUUCUCGAGUACAUCCUGAGAGGCUAUGAGUAAAGAUACCAGACACACAUCCUUCCCGUCUAGGAUAUCUUUCCUGAUAGAAUCUGGGACGGAGUGUGCUGGUGACUCGAAAGGUGUGAUGGCUGUGCCAGGUGCUGGAGGGGGGAGUAUAGAGGGACAUGUAGGUAUGGCAGGUACAGCCGUGGUAGAGACUGGGACUAUGGUGUUAGUACCUGAGGAGGAGAUGGCGCUCUCCACCUUAGACAGCCUGCUAUUGAGGGUCUGUAGAUUGGCCAAGAUAUCUGCCAGGGUAUCCUGGGUUGCCGUGCUGUUUCUUGGUGGUUGUCCUUGAGAGCUAGUUCCCGGCCGAGGCUCGGGGACUUGUUGGGUAAGCAGCCUGUAAAGUUCUGCUUUUCUAGCUGUGGCCGGAAAGGGGAUUCCCCUGAGCCUAAGUUCGGCCGUGAUUUUGGGAAUAGUCCAUGCUCUCAAGGACGUGGGGGUUGAAAGCGUAAGUGAUUCGCCUGGAGACACGGGUCUGAUUGGCGUGAAUGGUGUUUCUUCUAUCGGUUCUUCGGUUGGAAUUGGUUCUUGGGACAUUCUAAAAAGGAAUGAUUAUGUGAAAGAUAUAUACGAAGGGGAGUGAGGUAAGAAGGGGGGGGUAUGGGGCGUGGUAUGUCUGGAAGAACUGGACUUUAAUACUAGAUGCCGAGGCGAAAAACUUAAUUAUGAAUGACUGGAUAGGUGAGGCCCUGCUAAUGCCAAGUGGCGGUGAGAGGCUCUACCUAUGAUUUGGCUUAUGACGUAGGUGCCACAGACGUGGUGGCGGGAUGUUGGCGUCUUCGGUGACGAUAAGAGAAAUCAAAACGUGUGGCUGUGACAGGUGAGGCCCUGACUAGAGCCCUGUAGUAAGGCAUGCGAGGCUUAUAACUAUGAUUUGGGCGUGGGGCCGUACCUCCGUGUUGAGGUGGGGUGGGGGUGGUAGGCCUCGCGGGGUCAGAUUUCCUGAUAGGGUGGGCUAAGGCAUUAGCCUGUGCCGUAUAGCCAGUUCGAUUGUAUGCUUAAGGGUAAAGUUAAAGGACUGGAGUGGUGUGCGGAUACUAACCUUGACUGGUCGCGAAUGGUAUCUGGAGCCUCCUGAUAAGUGUAGAGAGACUUGUCUUAAAUGUUGUCUUUGAGGAAGAAUCCUGCGGGUUUAAGACAGAUGUUGAUGUGUUUAUACUUAUCGUGAUGUCGUAUGAAUAGUAUUGGGAGAAGGUUUGUUAGGGGCAUCACGUGAGAUCCUGCAUUGAGGGAUCUGGGAGGUUAAAGGUGUAGGAAUGGGAUGAUUUUGGAUAUGAGUGAGAAGGCAGAAUGAGGCCUUUGGGUAGCGAAUGGACGUACUUGAGUAAGGACGUAAGUACCUGAAGGUAUGGCUGAGUACCGGGUCAGGUUUUUGGUGUCUUCUGAGCCUGAUGGCCGUAUGACCGAAAGUCUGUGUAGACAAGUAGUAAAGAGAUAACGUAUCCUGGGCGUAAGCCUGAGGGAAGGUAGUAAUGGAGUUGAGACCGCGUGAGGUCUAGUAUUGUAAAGAGAGUGAACUAUACCUUGGUUUUAAGUACAGAGAUUGUUUAAUCGUGGCAGGUUAACUGCGUAGAAACGGUGGAAGCUUAGAUAAAUACAGGAUCUAAGGGUUUAACCAAGACAAAUUCCAUAUUUAGCAAUAGAUGUGAAGAUAAUAGAUAAAACCUGAUAACUCAAAGUGAUAAUAAACCAUACCUGUUCCUGUAAUAAAAGGACCUUGAAAUAACAACUUUAUGCAGAAAAGCAAGAGACCGAUGCAAUCUGUAAAAGCCAAAAUGUGACAGCGUGAUUUAUGUGCAAGGAAUAGUACGGAUUAUGUGUAAUGGGUAUAACUUGUAAAUAGAGUUCAAAUGACUUAUCUGAGUGUUAUUUGGAAAGAAUGGUAUAGCUUGUAUUUAGACACGUAUGAAGUUAUGAACCAUGGUAAAAAAUUAUGUUUAUUUACAGAAAAAACUUUAAAUGGUUUAACCAGGUAGGAAAACACAGGGCUGGUAGUUAACCAGAUAAUGUAACCAAAACUGAUGAGAAGGAAUAAAUAAUAGUAGGAUAGUGUGAUUAGAACUAAUGCAAGCUUAGCUUAAAAGAAUAGAAAUAACCGAAUGUAAUUUAGUAAGAUGGUGUUCGUGAAUUUUACCAUACGAAUAGUUAGGUGCUGAAAUGACCGAACAGAAAAGUGAAUACAGAUAAUAAUGAGCUUAAACAUGAAAUAUAUAUUCGGUAGUUUCCGUACGAAAAUGCUUUAAAUGAUAGCGAAAUGAGCCGAACGUUCGGGAGUUUUUUUUUGGCGCGAAUGGAGAUAUUCAUGAAAAACGCGUAUUCGUGAAAAUGCGAAAGGAGGGAGCCUACCCCUACGUUUUUAGGCCCGAACGGCGGGGAAAUAGCGAACGCUAAUUCCCCCGCCUUGCUUACGUGAACACACCGGUCUCGUGACCGGAAGUCGGGUACCUCGCCUGGAGAGAAACGGAGUGGAAGGACCUCGGACGGACGGAGGAUUGCACAGGGCGUCUGGCUGCUGGAAACAGGUACAGUUCUGGCGGGAAGCUGGACAAUCAGCUGAGCGGCAGCGGUGAGUAGGGGCUGGGAGUUUAAGUAGGGGACUUACUCCUCCCACAAAUUCAGGCCUAAUGGCCUUUCUACAUAUAUAUAUAUAUAUAUAUUUGCAAGAUGUAUAAUAUAUUAAUUGCAAGGUUUUCAUUUAACUUUUGAAGUUUGUUUCACUUUAGGGGACUACCUGACAACCCAGGCAGCACUCAGCCACCUAUUGUGGCUCUGUGAUCAUCGUGAUCACAUGGCCCUGGAGUGUUUAGUCACACUGCAUCCACUGUGUACACACACAUACACAAAUAUUCUUGAAAACAUUAAAAAUCUGACUGACAUAUGGAAGGCUGGGCCUGAAGUUGUGGGAGGGGCUUGGUUUCCCUUCUUAAGGAGCACCAGCCCCCUCCUCACUACCGUCUCAGGUCUGGUGAUUUGCAUUCCGUCACUUCCGGUACAUGAAAAUCACCAUUUACUUACCUGCACCUCAUGGAACGCUUACCUGGUCCCUGCAGUCCCUGAUCUUCCGUCUUGCAGCCUCCUGACUCCUGAAUCCCAACAGGAAGACCAUACCACGGAGGUGGCUUCGAGGGACUGUGUCCGGUAAAGAAAACGUAAGUCAGGCUGCCCGUCAGGCUGCCCGUCGCGCUGCGGUCGCGGGCACUUACGUCAUCCUGGCUGGGCUCUGACUACACCAGGCAUCCCUGUUCAUUUCUGUUCCCUACCAUACAUACACUUUCGUUCACAUGGUUGUUCUCAGCUAUUUCUAGCGGGUCGAGCGUUCGGGAACAAACUCACGAACAAUGUACAAUACAGUUCAAUAUUAUUAAUUCGUAUGGUUCAAUAGUAAGGAGCAUUUUGGUUAUAUACGAAACUUAGCCACCGCAUGGCUGUUCGUAUAGUUUUAACCGAUAGCCCUAUGUUUACAUAGACGAUAGCAGUCUUUGGGGGAUUCUAUGUGUUACAUAGCGACCUUCGGUAGUCAUUUUGGUUAUGACAAAUAGUUAUGAAAAUUGUCUGCUAAUAGGUUGUUUCACUACUUAUACCUAAUCUGUGGUAUUGUAAAUCUUGCAAUUACGUUUCAUAGACCCCGUUAAUUCAGUGAUUAUCUGGUCUCAGGCUAAUUAUAGACAUCUUAUGUUUCAGUUUCAACAGCAUUCAACAGUUGAGCUUCAGUUCUUCUACCAUUUGCUUUUCCAUUUACCAUUUGUUAUUAUGUCCACUUCUGGUCUCAUAAGGCCUGAUCCAUAUGUGUAAUUUUUCUACAUUACUAGGUAAUAGGCCAUCCUGGCCGCACUUUUAAGUCUUUUUAGUACCGGUCUACUGCCUUCAUAUAGAAUACCAGUAGGUAUCUUUUUAGUAGAGGGAGGUUAAGGAUACAUUAUGAUCUAAUUCUGCAACUCACGGUUACUCUCAUAGGUUAUUACAGACGGCCAGUUCACCAUAUCCUGCUCCUUUUCAGUAACCUCAGCAGGUAUGUCUUUUCCCUUUCUGGGUAUUCCCCCCGCCACCCUACCCCAUUGGGGUAUAGAUGCAUACUGGCUUAUAAGGAUAGGAAGCCUCUAAGAAAGUUUUCCAGGACUUCUAUGCCUUAGCUCAGUGGUCCCACGAGGCCAUGACCCUUCCACAACUCGGAGGUACUGCAGCCCCUCAGACUAACGCAUAGUUAGUCGCCUCGUUGGGUUGCAUAGAGAGAGCCUCACUUGUCACUUCCAUUGUGUCUUAUGUUGUUACGAGUCACGGAGAGGCCAUCAUCCCGCCACAAUGUCAGUGGCCACUGUUACAAAGUACCCUCUGUCUGCUACUCUUUUCGGACGCUAUUUCCCAUGAACCCCGCUGGGAUCACCAAAGCCCCAUCCGUUCGUGUAUAAAGCACCGAACACCGUGCCGUUCGGUAUUUUGAGACUAUGGAGGUUAGAUCGACCCAAUGCUAGACAUUAUUGAGCUGAUCUCUGGGUUGCCCCUUUGCCGAACAGCCCUACAGACAAUCUUUAUCCCUAUGACGUUUCCAUUCUGAGAUCUGAGCGCUUUUUGGAUAUCUUAUGCGCUCAGAUCCAAGCUGUCUGGCGAUAUGUUGAAUGUAUAAGUUAAAGAAUAUAUUGGAAGAAUUAUAGAUUUUUAUGUGAUUUUUCACUGUAACUGCAAAUAUAGAAUAUUGCCUGUACCUGGAGAUAAUUAAGUUACUGUGACCAUUUAAGCUAAUUAUCUCCAGGAUAGAGGGGAGGGUUUGAAAAGAUGCACUUUGUUCCCAUUGGUUAUUGUCACUUGUAACACUGUGUACCAUCAGGUCCAUAGGGGUGUGCCUCUGGCCUGAAAAUGUGUAUAUAAGCAAUGCGUUGCCAUUCAAUAAACCAGACUUCUUACCCUCAAUUUGCAGCCUCGACUCGUGUUGUAGAGAAAUGCUGAUCACUAGCUCUGCUAAGAGCUCCAGGGAUACUCUACACUUACAGGGAUCUCGCUAGAUGCGGAAUUGGAGUUUUCUACUACUCUCCAGGAUCGCGGACAAGGAGAUCCAAGCGGUCCAACACUCAGCUAGUCUGAGGCAACUGUAACAGCCACGUAUCCCACUCGAGCCAAAUCAUAGUGCGUCUCAAGCUGCUUGGCAAUUAGCAGGGCUUCACCGAUCACGUGAAUAGAUAAUAUUUUCGCCGCUUGGCAUUAGCUAGCCAGCCAGUAUUAAAAGAAGUCCCGUAUAACCUUCUAUUCUCAUAUGUAGCAUGUCACAACUACCUGAUGGUGGGGAGGAACUAUCCAUCCCCAGUACACAAGCCAUGCCUCAGAUCCUGGACUAUCCCAAGAAUCACGGCCGAAUUACACAAGAGGAACAUCCCAUACCCGGCUACAGCCAGGAAAGCCGAAUUAUAUAGCCUACUUAAUACCCAGACUGAUAAUACUGGGGCGGGAGAAGGGUCUGGUAGAGGUCAGGCUUCUGAUCUUCAAGCUGUAUUGUCCUCAGUUCUAUCCUCCUUAGGUCGUAUCAAUAACAAACUGGAUAGGAUGGACUCAGGAAGCCAGCUGAAUUCCCCAGCGGCCCUGGUUAAUCCUGACUCUGCUAUUCACCCCGACUCCCAAUCUGGUAAUAACCCAAUUGGUCCAAAAGACCCGCAUAUCAUUAACCCGGCACACAUGGUAGCGGCAAACAUAAAAAAGGACAUCUUGGAAGGGAAAGAUGUAAAUUUGAUCUUGCUUCUCAUUGCCUCUCAAGAUAUCCUGGAAAACAAAACUGAUGCAUAUGGUGACGUGUCUGUUGUGUUGAAAUCCAGGGACCCCAGGCUGAAUUGCAAACUGUCUAUACCUGAAUUUGUUCUGGCCUUUGGGAUCUAUAGGGAUGUGGUGGUGUGCAGUCUAUCCCGACAGGAGGGAAGAGUUUGAUUUUUACCUCCACAAGCUGGUGGACUUAGGGCACAAGUAUUGUGACACGUCUUUUUACGACUACCACCGUUCUUUCUGCGCAAAGGCGUCUGCAUCACUAACCCAGUUCAACUAUCAAGCUGACUGGAGUAUGCUGGAUACAGAACUCUUUUGUAGACACUUUGCGGGCCUGAAGAUACCAGCUUGUGCUGUCUGUCCAUCCAACUCACACAUAAUUUAUGCCCUAACACCCCUGAAGUUUUACAGCUAAUUUAUGCCCUAACACCCCUGGUUUCACACAGGAAUCAUUUAUAUGCCGUCAGGAAUCAUUGAAUGUAAAAACUUAGACGGUCCUGGCUGAUACUGACACUAUUAUGCCUCGUUUCCACUCUGCUAGGCACAGCUUUUUCUUGACAUAAAUACAUAUUCCUGGGGUCCUGAAUAUCGCAGCUGAUCAUUUAUCCCGAUCUCGAUUUCAGGAGUUCCAUGCCGCACUACCAACAGCAGCCCUGAUACCUACCCCGGCACCACAGUUGCUGGAAAUGGUUAUGGACUAGAUAGUCUACUCACUCACUCACAGGCGUCACCUCUAACAUCUAGGUCUUUCUGAUAGCACAAGGAAAUCAUAUGACAGGGCUUUUCAUAUUUUCAACAGAUUUUUGCUUGAAUGCCACAUAAUCGACAAAUUCUCUAUGGAAACUUUGAUUGCUUUCAUUUCCUUUUGCCACCUUCAACUAAAGCUAUCCUUCAACACCAUUAAAUUAUAUAUUACCGGUAUUCAAGACCACAACCUCACCACUUGGCCUAAUAAGUAAGCUUCCUUUCAUCUUACAAGGUGAAAGCCAUAUUAAAAGGCAUCAAGGACUCCACACCUACACCCACGCCUGCUAGUCUACCCAUUCACGAUCACCUGUUCCAGUUACUUUCAGACCUCCUAGAUGCCUCACCAUUUGAAACACAGGCAAAUCACGUCAUUAAAACUGCCAUCUAUUUAGCAUUCUACGGAUUUCUUCGGCCCAGAGAAAUCACCACCUCUAAAACUAAAUCCCCAAACUUCAUCACAAGAGCAGUACCUACUGUCACUAAACCAUACCAAAACUGGUGGAAGGGGACAGAUGGUCACAAUCGCAUAUUCCCCCACAAGCAAUGAAUGGUGCCCUGUGGAAGUCUUCGAUCACUACCUUUCCUCUAUUCAAAGUGCACCACAUCAACCACUUCUGGCUUUACACGGCAAUACCCUUACUACUAGUUCAUGCUCUAAUCCCAAAAUAAAUUGGCAAAACCAAGUUUUGCAAUCUCCAGAGAACAGAAAUAGUACUGUUUGCUGUGAAAAAUUGUUACAAAGUAGGUAAUAGUAGGAAACAAAAAAACUAAUCGUGAGUAAGAAAUAGUGUAACAGUUUUGAACAGCUAGCAGUGCUAAAAGAUUAAACUUGCCUUUUGAUUCUACAGAAUUUAAAUAUGUAGAAUAGAAUAUUGGAGACAAUAUCUGAAACUGUAAGUAUAAAUUAUAGAAUGUGGAAAAAAGGAAGCUGAAUGUAACUGCCUCUUAGCCGUAAUAGCAGUAAGAGCAAUAGAGGAAUACUCAAUCUAAAUAUUUAACCUAUAAAAAGGAAAGUAUACUUGGAAUUCUCAUAUAACCUAAUAAUGGAAACCAAAAUUGCUAUAGAAUGCAUGGACGGCAAAUAGGGACGAAUAUCCAUUUUGCUUAAUAUCCUAGCUGUUCAUAUAAGGGUUAAUUUGAACCAAGAAAAAAUUUGGAAUUGUAUCUUCGAUUUUGGGAAGAAUUUGUCUAAUAUCAUUUACGAGAAUGACCAUACUGAUUUCGAAAUGUUCUUGUUAAUUGUCCAAGAUUUUGGUAUUUGUAAAUAUCUGGUUUUGAUCAAAUAUACAUGUGUUAUAUAACGUAGAAUUAUAAUAAGAAACAGCUGUUUAUAACUUGUGAAAAACAAUCUAUGUCAUUGUCACGCCCAUAUGCUCAUUUUUCCCCCUCCCAUCCUGCUAUGAAAACGGGGUAUUAAUAUAACUGACGGAUGAAUAAAAUUUGAAUUGGUUAUUGAACACGUCUCUGCUAUUCAUUUCCAAUUUCUAGAGCUCUGAAUGAGUUGGCAAAUAUCCAUCAUCCACAAAGGGCCCGGGCUGAUUUUAUCCCCAACACCUCCCAAUUAUAUUAUUAGAAGUUUUAAAGUCUAGAGUCAUUAUAUAUUAUAUAUUAUUUUUCAUAUUUAUAUUUCUUCUCUGGUCUCUUGCCGUCACUAUAGCAUUUCCUGGGCAGUUUCCAUUAGAGAGAAAUACUGCAUAUCGUAUUAUAGGAUUAUCUUCUAUACUGACUCUCGAUGACAUAGAAUUUAGUUAUUGUAUAUCUAUCCCUACACACUCACCAUUUUUAAAGAAUUCAUUAAAAGUUAUAUUUUAUCGUUAGGUCACUCUUCUUUUUUUUUUUCUUUGCUACUAUCGCUUAGGCGCAUGGGUUACCCCCUUUUUGAGUGUUCCUUUAGCUUCCCCUAGUCCGGUUGUUUAGUUCAUGCUCUAUGUGAGAAUGUUAUUGGUACGAUUAGGCUUUAACCCCGCCAAAUACUCGGGUCAUUCAUUCCUUAUAGGAGCCGCUACCACAGCAUCCAAAAGGAAUAUUCCAGCACACAUCAAAACGUUAGGGCGGUGGAAGUCCACUGACUACACCAGAUACAUACCUCAACCAGUACAAGAGUUACGCCUUGCAUUCAGGAGUAUGAUUAUGUGAUGUACUUAUGUUGUAUUGUAGGCUGAAUAAACUUGUUAUAUCUUUUUUGCCCUCUUUUAUUUCAAGCCUACCGCAUCGUCAGUUCCGGCACACCACAACUGACUUUGCCCCUGCCCCUGUAUGUUUUAUGUUACUAACUCUACUGCUUUGAUGCCGUGAACACAAAUAUAUUCACCACUCAAAAGAAAUAUCAACAACAACAAAAAACCCUAAAAGGGGACUCUAUGUACAAAAAAACCUUUAUUUAAAUGAAGUUGUUUUGGUGCCAGCAGGCAGGCCACUGGAGGCACUCUCACCUCAUGGGAUUAACAGUUUCCCGCCGAAUGACGGAACUGGUCUGUCAUGGCGGGUAAGCAGUUAACGCCGAAUGACGGACCAGGUCCGUCAUGUGGUAAAGUUAACCCCAGAUCGCCGUGAUCGCGGGGUUAACACUCCUUUGAUCUGCCUCUGUAUUAGAGGUAGACCAGGAGCACCCGAUUGCGCUGCCCCUGCAGCAUUGAUUGCUCUGACUGGCUGUCAGAACGAGCACAUGUGCUGCAGGGACUCUCCAUCCGCCUCCCUGCUCUUCCGUGUUCCGUGUGAAGUGCAGGGAGACGGAUCAGUAAUGAUCUGCUUCCCCUGUAAAAAAAAUAAAUAAAUAAAGUUAGUUUCAAAUCCCACCCUCCACCCUUGACCCAUUUUAAAUAAAAAACUAACCCCUUCCCUGCCAAUUGAUCACGGUCUACAGUGAUCAAUUAGCAGGUACUACAUUUUACUGUGAUCUGAUUUUUUUUUUAACCCCUUUAAUUUUAUUUUAUUAAUUUAAAUAUAUAAAAAUGAUAUAUUUAACUAUCUGGGGUGGGUGAAAGUUAAUGGGGAAUUUGGUGUUAGGCUAGCUAGGGGUUAACUUUUAAAUAGGUUUAACUUAUUUUUUUUUUUUUUUUUAAAGUACAAAAAAUCCCACCCUCCUUUACCUAGUCCUAAUACAAAAUUAACCCCUUCCCUGCCAGUUGAUCACUAUCUACAGUGAUCAAAAUACAGAUCACAGAAUUAUACUGUGAUCCAAUUUUUUUUCUUAACCUCUUAGGGUUAACUUUUUUUUUUUGUAACACUGAGGGGUUCAAUUGAUUUAUUUAAUUUAAAUAUUUUAAAAUUAUAUAUUAUGCUAGCUGGGGUGGGUGGGAGUUUUGGGGAAUUUACGGUUAGUGCUGCUUACUGCUAGUUAGGGGUUAACGGUAAAAAAAGCUUAGAAAAAUGUAAAAUCUGUAAAAAAAAAAAAUUUUAAGAAAAAAAAAGUAACAACUAGUUUUAAAAAUUAAAAUAUUUUAAGAAAAAAGAGUAAAAAAUUAAAAAAUGCUCAUUAACACCUCACCUGGUACAAACUAGAGAAAAAAAUGAUCCCAUGCUAAGGUUCAAAAUAUGCAUUUUUAAUUACCCCAGUGUGAAUUUUUUAAUAAAUAGUAUGUGUUUGUGGGGAAGUUUCAAUAACCAACCAUCUAAACUACUUCAAAAUGGAACAUGGACACAGCGUAAAACUUCAAACUUAGAAAAAAACUGAAUGGCUGCGUCCUGGCAAAGGUACAUACGGGGGUAUUGCUGUACUCGACAUAACUGAGCAACAUAAGUAGUAUUAUACAGUAGUAGCACAUAAAAGGUUUGCAAAAUAUACUGUGCAAACUCACUUUGUGUGUCAAAAAGGCAGAAAAAACGCUUAUUACCACUACAUCUGGUACAAGCUAGCGGAAAAAUGAUCCCACGCUCAGGUUCAAAAUAUGCCUUUUGAAACACCCUGGGGUGUCUACUUUAAGAAAUGGUAUGCCUUAAUGAUGUAAUUGUAAUAUGUAGCCUGCUCAAGUGCUCCAAACUGGGACACGGACUCAUCAAAACCCUCCAUGAAAAUUCACACUUAAAAACAUGAACUUGUCACGUCUCUUUGUAACUUCACAAAAUAGUGUCUAGGUCAUACACUGGGCAUAUUGUUUUACUCAGAAGGUGUAACUGAGUAUAAUUUGGGGAUUUUUAUGACAGUGGUACAUAUUAAGUGUAAGCAAAAAUGCAACAUAUAUGUAAAAAUUCCAUUUUGUUUUCCCCUUCACCACAAACAUUGAACAUUAAAAAUGGUGACAAGCUAAGGCACAAUAUACACCAUAUAAGAUACCGUGGGGUUUCUGCUUUAACAAAUGAAAGCCAUUUGUGGGGUUAUUUGAACAGUCACACUGCUAUAAUACCUUAAAAUAAGACAGUACCCCGUCAAAUCUAUCUACCAAAAUUCUAACUAUAUAAACUAAAAUAUACUUGUAUAAAUGAGUAUACUAAACUUAUAUGGCAUUGUAGCUUUACAGAAAAGUGCCAAAGGCAUACAAUGGGGGUAUCGUUAUACUCAGCAGAUGGAGAUGAACAUAAUAUGGAGUUUUAUGCAAGAAUAGCACACACCAGCUUUACGAAAUACACAUUACAAAAACCUUGUUAUAUGUGUAUAUGCCAAAAUAAAGAAAAAACACAGUUUUAUUCCAAUAUUUAGCAGAGAUUGGCGAUGAAAUGGCUACGUAAAAAGUGUCAAAAUAACCUUGGGUAAACAGCCUGUGAUGUCUACUUUAUAUAAAUAUAUACUUUGUGUGGCAAUUUAGUUUUCUGUGAUGGCUACUAAACCUACAAGACAAACAUACCAAAUUCUAAAAUUGUUGCAAAUUGAUGUUAUUUUAGUCCUUGUAUUUUGUGACCUGUAACUUUCAAAUAAGCUGAAAUCCUAGACAUAUGAUGUACUAUAAAAAUCAAGACACAUGAAUGAAUUUAUUUUGAAUUACUUUUUCUAAGCUGGACAUAUUAUGCACACGCUAUUAUUGCCAAAACGUUUUUUUUUUUUUUUUUUGGCAUUUUUAUAUAAUUAAUGAGAAUUUAUCUAUGUAUACGUAACAUCAAAUUAAAGCCCUGUUGGCCCUCUAAAACAAGGUAUAUAAUAUGUGUUGGUGCAGUAAAUGACAGAGAUGCAAAUUGCGUUUGAACACUAACAGCAAAAAAAUGCAAUAAUGGUUUGUGUCCUUAAGUGUAAGACAUGUUUCUGAAGCUGUGUCCUUAAGGGGUUAAACCAUUCUUAAACUGUUUAACCCCAAAGAUGUGCACUCACCCCAACCAUCAUCCGGCUUCUGAAUUUUCAGCCAGUGAAUGACUCCCCAUUCCGAAAACUGGCUUGGAAAGAAACUUUUGCUUAACAAAUUAGAGUAAAAAGCUACAUUUAUGGGUAAAAGUUAGCUAAAGGAGAGAAAUAUAGAGUGGGGGACAGUGAGCAAAACAAUAGAGACCACAAUUAACAGGAUGUUAUGCUAAGUAUAGGGUAAUUAAGGGAAAGUUCAACAGAUCUUCCAACGCCACCACAUUUGUGACCCAGUUACCUGGAAAUAACAGGGAAGUCACACUAGGGUUUUUUUAUUAGUUGUGGAAGAUUGUUUUUACCUUCCUGUCUGCUUCUUCUAGAAUCCUGUGGUUUUUGGGACUUGCACCAGGAUUAGUGUUCUCGAUGGAUAAAUUGAUGGUAACAUUUCAACAGUCUAAUUUAGGAGUGCCCGAAAGGUAGAUCUCCAGAUGUCUUAAAACUACAGCUUCCAUGAUGCUUUGUCAUUUUAAAGGUAUGCGAAGCAUCAUGGGAAUUGUAGUUUUACAACAUCUGGGGAUGUACCAUUUGGGCACUCAUUGUUUAAAUGGUUCUUAUCAAGCAUUCUUAGUAUGUGGAAAUGUUUUUGUUACAGUAUGUGUGAUCCAGUAACCAUGGAGUGCAUGAAACCAUAUCGAAUUAUGCUGAAUAUUUAGCAAUUUGGUUUCAUGGAUGGUGUCUUUACCCAACCUCAGAAGAGUGGUGACCAGUAUAACCCUCUGAAGUUGUUCAGCAUCCUGCCAACAUGCUCAGCGUUUGGGCAGGGUUAGAUGGUUGUAGUCAUUUUUAAACUAGAGCCUUCUCCAAUGUUUUUUUUUGUGACAGAAUAGCUGUUACCAUUGCACCAGCUGAGAAUGUGAAACCUAAUCUAGUGGUACACUGCUAGAGCAAUGAGGGACAAAUGCUCUGAAGGCAAUUGAGUACAUCCAGUUCUGUGAUGGCUGUUUUUGCAACCAGUCCUUAACAUAUGAAAAAAAGUGGCAUUGGCAGGUUCAUCACAGGGGUAAGUAUUUUAUCCAUGUGUGACUCAGGAACUGGAAGCUUAGGGUGAGUGCCUCAAUAAUGGGGUUUCAUUUGGGGAUCGGGGGAACGUUGAGGGGUGAGGGAGUUGGGAAUGUUUUGUAAUGUAUAGGGGGAGGGAGAUUGACACUUGGGAUUAGGUAGUCCUCUUUUUUUUUAUUAUAGAAUCAGUUGCAUUUGGGGAUAGUAAGGCUGUUAGCAGGUGCCUAUUUGCAGUGUGAAUCAUGAAUGUCUAUACUAUUUUUGAUUUGCAAAAAAUAAACUUUAAUGGCAAUUUUUCUUUAGUAACUUGGAAUUGCUUUUCAGAUGACUCCAUGAAUGGAAAUUCACUUGAAGAACAUCAGCUGAUCAGACACAGACCAAUCAAGCGUAGGAAGAAAUCUGUGAGAAUAAAGGCUGAGGACUCAGACUCAUGUGACGAAGAAAGAUUCUCCAACUUCCAUUUGCCUACACGUGGUUUAGGAAAAAAACCAUACUCAUGUUCUGAAUGUGGAAUACGAUUCACUUGUAUUGCUCAUCUUGUUACCCAUCAGAGAGUACACACAGGAGAGAAACCUUUUGCAUGUUCAGAAUGCUCAAAAUGUUUUAAUCGCUACUCAGAGCUUGUUACCCAUCUUAGAUAUCACACAGGAGAGAAGCCUUUCUCAUGUCCUGAAUGUGGGAAAUGUUUCUGCCGGAACUCAGUUCUUCUUAGCCAUCUAAAGGUUCACAAAGGAGAAAAGCCUUUCACAUGUUCUGAAUGUGGGAAAUGUUUCGGUCGAACUACUGAUCUUGCAAAUCACCAGAUGACUCAUACAGGCGAGAAACCUUUUGCAUGUUCUGAAUGUGGAAGAUGUUUUAUAAGUAACUCUGCUCUAGUAAAACACCAGAAAGUUCAUACAGGAGAAAAACCAUUCUCAUGUUCCAACUGUGGGAAAUGUUUCAGCCGGAACUCUCAUCUUAUUAGACAUCAGAAAGUUCACACGGGAGAAAAACCAUUUUCCUGUUCUGAAUGCGGGAAAUGUUUUUCUGAGAACUCUAAUCUUGCUAAUCAUCUGAGAACUCACACGGGAGAGAAACCUUUUGUAUGUUCUGAAUGUGGGAAAAGCUUUAGCUACAACUCACAUCUUGCUAGCCACCAGAGAAUUCACACUGGAGAGAAACCUUUCUCAUGCUCUGAAUGUGGGAAAAGUUUUAGCUGUAAUGCUAAUCUUGGUAAACAUCAGCGAACACAUUCUGAAGAAAGACCUUUCUCAUGUUCUCUGUGUGGGAAAGGUUUCCGUCGUAACUCUCAUCUUGUCAAUCAUCAAAAAACUCAUAGCCAAUUUCAAAGAAGAAAAGCUGUUUGACAUGUAGACACUGUUAAGGGUAUGUCUUGUCAAUUUCAGCCAGAUUCUUAAUUUUCACAGUGACAUUUGUAGUCCAUGCUAUGUGGCAUUUCUCUAGCUGAUGUUAAAGCAAAAGCCUUUGGAAAGAUAAUGAUCUAAAGUGGCGAUUGUCCCAUUUUCACAGUAGGACAAGGUGUCCAUCUUCAUUGUGACAGAACAGUAGGAGGUACAGGACUCUACCAGAAGAAACAUCACUUUAAACCAUGAAAUAUUAUGAACCAGCUCAGUUUCCUGACCAUUAACGGCCAUUGUGUAAGCUAAAACACAUCACAUCUGCGCUUUACAAGAUGAUUUAACUUACAUUCAAUAUUUUUAUACCACUAUUUAAAUAUAUUUUUCAAAGCAAUUUCUUUUCCAGUUCUGGAUUCAAGCAUGGAUUUUAACCAGUGGUAUAAGUGGUAGGAUGUUUCCUUGAAUCAUGUAAACUAAAUUCCAAGUGUAAUUGUACUUACCACUUGUGCUGGGGUGUCAUUGUGACAAGUUACUUAUUUUUGUGUAUGUGUAGAUGUAUUUAUUUUUUGUUCUGUUGGCAAACAAAAAUUGAGUAUACCAUUAUCAUAUAAUGAAAGAACAUAACAACUUACAAUAUUGGUCCCUCACAUGUUCUUGGCAUACCAUCUAUGCUGAAAAUGUAGUUACGAGAGGGAAGUAGAACUCUCCAACGGGCGCUGUAGUUGCACUAAAUUUCCUCCAGCAGGCACAUAUCGCACUUUGUAGAGGAAUAAGGACAGCGUGUGGGCAUCAUUGGAAAGGGUGGCCUGUCUGGUAAAACAUUUCCAAACAGGACUAAUGGCACAGCAGCUAGGAAAGAUCAACCCUGCAUGGUAACGCCAUUAGAAAGUAGGUUAUAAUGCAAAUCUAGAUUUAUCACCAAUGUAUAUUCCUCAGCUCUCAUGUUUAGUUCACUUUAAAACAACCACUGUCACUGAAUUUAGCGUAAAUCCCUUCUCCAGUUCUCUUUAUAUUAAAGGAACACUCCAAGCACCAUAACAUCAACAGCUCAUUGCAGUGGUUAUGGUGCCAGAAUUGCCAUUGUAAGGAAUCAAACCAUUUUGAAGGGCUUGGCUUAGGUGAGCCAACAGAAGUUCCUGCUUGGGGUGUUCACUUAAAUUCGAAAAAAGUGAGAAACUCACUUUUGGGUUUACGCUCAUUCAGUUUUGUGCGUGUGCCCUAUUUUCUUAUAUAGAAAAAUGUUAAAACUGAUAUCUUUAUUUUUUCCUUUUUUUUUUCCCUUUUUUGCUGUAGUGCAUUAAAAUAAUCAGACCCUAGAUGGUGGUGGAUCCAGUACACUCUUAGGAAACUGGUAACUGAACGACUUCACUUGAAAACGUUCUAAAAGUGAUGUCAAGCAUCAGUGAGAGAAGGUGGAGUGAACCUCUGGGUGACAAAAGGAGAAGGCGAUUGCAGCUGAGAGCACAUUAAGCUAAACUCUACGACAUAUGGCAGGCUUUUUUAUAGUAUGUAGUUUGGAGUAUAAAGUGAAUAUUAAUUGCAGACAUUCGAUUGUCAGUCUUUCAUUGUACUGGAUCCACCACCAACCGGGGUCUGAAUUAACUACAGCAAAAAAGUAUACAGUGAUUGUGCAUCCAUUAUAUUUUAAAUUGAAAUACUUAGCCUGGCAAAGCAUGUAACUGACCAAAACAAAAAGUUACAGAGAAUUAAAUAAAAAAGUAGCUAACUUUACUGAGCUAUUAAGUAAGUAACAUAAAGGAAGACUGUGAAUACUGUUUUUCUGUCUCCGAGAAACCACCACAAGUACAAUGUACAUUUUUUCCUGCCAUAUAUAUAUAAUUUUGUAAUAAAUUAGAAGCUACAAAUUUGUGAACCAAAAAUAAAAACCAUAAGUAAAUAAGAAAUUAAAAUGAUAGUCGAGGCACGGUGAUGUAUAUUUUGUUGCAAAUAAGAAAAGGUGCGAAAAAACAAUCCAUUACACUCUUUUUUUUCUGCCCUUUUCCUAUUUAUACCAAAAUAUACCUUACUAUGCCUCUGCUGUUUUUUUGGUUCACACAUUUGUUGUGUCCAAUUUAUUAAAGUGGGGAAAAUAUAUAUAUUUUUUUUCCCUAUCGCUGUUUUAUUUAAUAAGCGUCUACUUUGUUUGCAGUGCUGAUGUUGCCUCCAUAAUAUCACGUUGGUGGCUGUUGGAGUAAUAGAAUACCUACCCAUCUACUAAGGCCCUUGAAAAUACAUCAUCUUAGCGUGUGUGAGAACAUACUAUAUUGCAGUGAGACACAUUUGGCUUGGAAAUAAUCACAUCAACGACAGAGUGCACACAUUAAUUAGGUGAUUUAUUUCUUACACCUGUUUCUAGUUCUUCAUUGUACCAAAUUUUUUUGUACGUUACAUUGAUCAGGGUAUAGGAUAGGAUUGCAAAACACAUCUUAAUACAAAUGAAGAACUGCUCCUCAGAGCUUCCGUUAAGCACUAUGCUUUACCCACAAGCCCCCCCAAAAAUCCCAAACGAAAAAUAAAUAUUAAUUCAGGGUACUAAACAUUGCUUAUUGUUGGAAUGACUGUGCUAAAGUCUUCUGUGACAUCAUGCCCAAACCACAGCAUUGUCCCUCUCCAGCCGUGUGCAGAUCAGCCACAAAGAGCUGACACUGUUUUGUGUGCAGACACAUAGCUAAUCAUAAUAGCUUACAGCUAAAUUGAUAAACUACAUAAAUGUAUAAAUAUAACGUGAUGGUUAAUGUGUGAAGAAAAAGUAUAUAAAACCUGAAAACACUCGUCCUCUAACCCGAAUGAAAGCCUUCUUCUCGACUGUAAUGUUCCAUAUAUGAAGGAGAUCUCCAGAGACAUUGGUAUUUAUCUAAAAUUGUGUUGUUCCUCUUUAAUUUUUCCCCAAUUUGCAUAAUAAAGAUUUGCCUUAACACUAUGAUAUUAUGUAAUUUGUGCACUACCUUGUUGUUUUGUCUAAUAAUCUGUACGAAUACUAGAUUCUGGGACAUACUAAGUUUCAAAAUACAAAAAUGCACAUUUGGCUACUUGAAUCUGUUACGUGUUAUAUGAAUUUCUAUGUAUAUUUAUCAUAUUUAGAAGUAAUUGGUGUCUAUAUAUUAAAUGCUGUAUCUCUGGGUUUAUUUAAUCGUGAGGCAUGAAUUCAGCCAAUUGUAUUUUCACAAUUUUGCUUUUAUUCUGGUAUUUACUUUUUAAAUAAAUAACAUGAUGCUGAAAUAAUAUGGC